AUGGCUGGUUAAGUUCUUCAAAUAAUAUAACUGCAUCAUGACGAUCGACUCAUCGAGUUGCACAUAUAUGUUUUAGUUUAAAACAAUUAGUCUGUGGAUAUACUUCUUCUAUUAAUAAUUGCAAAAUAUUUUGUUUUUUUUGGAUAACCGAAAGUGAUACUUGAUAACAUUGAGCUACCUAUUAUUAUAAUAUAAAUACAAACUACACUAGACUGGACAUGUAUAUUAUUGAUUUUUAUUAUUUGUGUAAGCUAUUAAGUGUCAUAGCACUCUAUUAUUUUUUCAAACUAUUAGUUUUUUUUUAUUUUGAAGACAUUUCGGGAGUAGGGAUUACAACUCCCUAACCCCCCCUGGAUACGCCAUUGCGAUUACCGACAAAUUGUAUAAUAGCAUACGUACUGCAGUAAUAAUUAGACUACAACUAUUGUGCGAGUAUACCGUGUACUAUUGCUACAAUACGAUUAAUUAAUUAAUUAUUCGGGUAUUAUUAUAGGUAUGUGCAGUGAGCUGUUGAAAAAUGUAUACAUCGUCCGAGAUACCGUUGCUAAAAGCAUAUAAUUUAUAAUUUAAUAACAUUUUGGUUGCUUUCAUAGCGAUUUUGUAAACGUAUUUAUGUAGGGUGUUCUAAAUUUUUUAUGAACCAGUGUUUUUCUAUAAAGGAAUUUUAAGUGAAUUUAUGUUCAGUUUUUUCGACCAUUAUGGAGACGUUUGAUUUUUAUCUUGCACUAUUUUAAAUUGUUUAGGUUUAAAAAUAAAUAGGAAAAUGAAACUUGUUGAAAUAAAACUUAAAUGGUUAAACAUAAUGAUUGAAAAAAAAAAAACAGAAAUUAUAUUAACUUAAAAUCCUUCGAGAUCAUAAAGACUGAAUUUCCCUGUGUUUCAGGGAUUAUUAAAACUAUUAUAAAAACGUCAAUAUUCGUUGAAUAUUAAUUCUUAGAUUAUAUUUUUGUUUCAAAUUUUAACUUAUUAAAAAUGCUGUUUAGCAGGUGCAUUGCAGUAUAAUUAAAAGGUGUCAGAAAACAAGAAUAGCAUUAAUGCAAGAACACGUGUAAUGUUUAUAAAUUACAUGAUAUUGUACUUUUUAACAAAACGAAUUGAACUUACUCCCGUAUUGGGGUGUGCCUUAGGGCAACUCAAGUUACUGUUCUUGGUAAUGAGUUUCAGGUAGAGCCCUUAAUUUCUUAAAUUUAACUCAAUUACGGAAUGGCACCUCUUAUUAUUGUUUAAAAUUCAUGUUACCACUCGGAAGUAUCUACUACACUCCCGUUUGUUUUCCUAACUCAACAAAACACUCGAAACUUUUAAGUUCGCGAAAUUGAUAUAGCUUACCAUCAAGUUAAUAUUAAUCAAAUUAUCAAAGUAAAAAUAAAUACUCAAACAACAUCGAAUUAAUAAUAUUUAACUUAACGCAGAAUCGUAUACCUAACGGAUAAUAAUAUUAUACAUUCAAUUGUUUUCAUCUACAUUAAAAAUACUUUCACAAACAUAUAAAAUAUUUGCUACACUAAAACUGUCUACAAAUCGGUAAAGUAGUUAAUAUUUACCAGCAAUCGAUAUUCAAGAAUUUCGUUAUACCUAAAAAUUAUUAUUAUCUAAAAAAAAAAAAACUAACCUAGGUACAUAGAAAGUGUUUGUAUAGAAACUAAGACUAUACAAAAACGCAUUUCCAAUACAUAUACUGCAAUUCAAGGUUUACAAUACAUCAAAAUAUAUUACACUUUGUUACUAUACUAACAUUUAAUACGAUACUAAUAAAUACAAAUAUUUUGUUUUAGGUCCAAGAGCAACAAAUUAUUCCGUAGAAAAUAGUAAGUAAUCAUCAAUUGUAUCGUAUACAACUAAAUUUAUUUAUAUUAUUAAAUAUAUUUUUUUAUUAUUUAAAAAUAAUUUAUUCGGUUUAAAAGAUAUCUACAAUAAAUAAGUACUGAACAACAGUAGUUUUAAGUAAAAUGAUUUAUUCGUAUAAUUAUAAAUAAUUUUAAACGUCAGUAUAGGUAGUAAAAUAUUCCUCGUACUUAUAACUAAUCGAUAAAUCAUCUUCGAAACACUCUAACAAGUUAAGUUUGAUUUCUAUUUAUAAAAAUCACCAAUUAAACCAUGUAAAGAAAAAUGAUACAUACUAUUAUAUUUUUUUUUUGUCUAAUUUUAAAUUUUAAACCUUCCGAACAUUUUAUAUACUUAAUAUAGUGAGAAAUUGUAUUAUAGUUUCGAAAUGAUACAUGUUUUUUUUUCCUUUACAAAUAAAUUGAAAAUACACAAAAAGUUUAUUCAACAUUUCUAUUAAUACAGUUAAUUGGACACACGUGAUAUUACACAGCAUACAGAGGAAAUUUAGUAGAUUUUCAAAAUGCUAGUCGUUUCUUUAAGCUUUCAAAAUUACUACAAAAAUAUAGUGGAUACAAACGGUUAAAUGUAACACACGAGCUUUAAAAAAUAAAAAAGAACUGAAAAUACUGAUGGAUAUGAAACUGUAGUAGGUGGGAAGUUGGGAAGGUAGGAAAUAAAAUUUAUUUAAUUUAUAUUUGUAAUCAGCGAUAAACUAUUGCUAACGAAAAACGAUUUGGCGUGAAGUCCGGUUAUAAACAUGUUUGAAAGGCCAUAAUAUUUACAAUUUUCAUCAAAAUUUGAUACAAACUCUUAUAAAAAAAACUUCUAAAAUAAAAAAAAAAAAAAAACUUUCGUCAUUGUACCAAUUAGAUAAUAUUUUCUAUUAGAAAAGGUGCUAUACUUAAUACAAUGGAGCUAGAUUUUUUACUGCUCACUGACAUAAAAAAAAAAAACUAUGUUAUUUAUUUGAAAAUGAUUCACAAAAUCAGUGCCGCAGUAGAAUCUUUGUUUUUUGAGUUCAGUAAUUUCAUUGUUGAUUUAAAUAUUCAAAAAAGUUUCACCUCUUUACUAAGGUCUUUUCGUCGUGAAUUAUUUUCAUAUUUCAAUUGUAACAAUACUAUGGACAAAAAAUAGAUGAGGUGGAUUCAAAACGAGACAUAGGCAUUCUAUAAAUUAACAAAUAUAUAUAUAAAUAUUAUAUAAAAUAACAUUUUUUUCUUUUUUUUUGUGAACCAGAUCAAAAACUUUACACAGCUAUAACUUUAAAGAUAAUUAAUAAUUGCUCACAGAUGGCACCUACUUUCCAGCGUUUUUCGAAUUUCACAGUUCGUUGCCCGGGAAAUUUAUACAACGAAAACUGAAAGAUUCACGAGAUUAUAAUAAUAAUAGCUAAAAAAUAGCUUUCAGAAACGAUAUUUACAACCUUUUAAUCGGAUACGAUAAUACUAUAUAAUAACUAUACUGGGUGUAAAUCCAGAAUAGGUAACCAUCAUUUAUCCGAGGGAAAUGUUUUUCACCACUGCAGUGUUAUUCUUUGAUCGAGAUUUAACCCUAAAUUAAUUCCCAUGAGCCAAAUAAUAUUUUCGUUAAAAAUUUAUUUCAACUUCCACACAUAAUUAAAUUUAAUUCUUUCGGCGAUAUAUUUUAUUCGCCGGGUAGGUGGGUGUAGUAUCAAAAUAUCGUUUCCGCUUUAAAUUUAAAUUUAUUUUCGAAAUUGAUUUAUGAUAUGGAAGCGAGUCGGGUGAUAAACGAGAAAUAUUUUCCUCAUGCGUUCAUUUUUAUUUUUUACCACACGCUUUACGUUCAGUAGGUACCUACCCAUAACAACUUUCAAUCAUUGUAGCUAAUAAAUCGUUUCAUAAAUGUUCAUAAAUCUAAAACAUGUUAAAAAAUAGUGAUUUUUAAAAAUUCACGAGUAUCUAUAAUGUAUAUUUUUUUAAAUCACCGUAUAGAUAUAUUAUCCCUGUAGAUAAGCAACUUGGAACUUUUAUGACAUUGCUUUGUAUCAGUUCACCUACGGUAUAGAAACAAAAAAAAAAAAAAACCGGUAAUAAUGAAUUGACAAUAUUUUAGUUGUACCUACAUGUAUACUUAUCUAUUCUAUAUGAAUUCAUAUGCAAAUGUUUAUUAAAAGUUUAUCACCUUAAUAUCAAAUUUGGAUUUUAAAUUUUCUUGGUAAAUAAUAAUAAUAAUAAAAAACUAUAACUGCUGACGGGUGUGCGUCAUAGGUGAAAAAUUGAGAAGUUAAGAUACAUAAUUUUUUUAAAUUCAAAUCUACGAAUCGAAACUAGGAAACACUAUAUCAAACAUUUUUAUCCUUCAUACAACUUUAUUAGUUCCCCAAAUACAAUAUCAAAAAAUCAUCCCAAAAUUAGUAUUCACAAAAAAAGUGUGUCAAAAUAGCCGACCGAAAUUAGGUCAAAAAAACCACACACACACGCAUAUGCAUCCGUAACUGUACACUUGCUCAGAAUCUAAAACAAAAUAACAACACGAUACGUUAAUUAAUAUCGAGACUGAAAUUCAGCACGUAAUAUGAAAGGAUUAUUGUUAUUUUAUUUAAUAAAUAGUGCGUGUAGAUCGUGAUUGAUACGGUUUGUUAGUUUGUUUUUAUUUCAGAAAACGGCCGAAAAGUUUCUCGCUUCGGUUUUAUCGAUAUAUACCUAUAGGUAAUUGAACACAUAUGGUACUUUAUAGAGGUCAUGCCCGGAACGAGAGCCCAAAAACUACCCGCUAUCCUAAAUCCGGUCCGAACAAAACAAGUGGUCUGGUAAAAUAUUGAAUUAAUUUACGGCAGCCGAUAAUAGUUUAUUUAUCCAUUUGGUAACUUGGAAUCGAUUUUAAGAGGCCGGUUUUACACGUAAAUACAUUAGGUUUUCCAAGAAAAUCCUUUAGUCCGAAAACGAUUAUUUUUUAAAGUUACCAAAUGCAACAGUGCCGAUAUGUGCCACUGUUUUAACUGGGAAACUGGAAGGAGGAUGCAUAGAUAGUUAUUUAAUUUAUAUCUGUAUGCAACGAUAAAUCAUUUUCAAAGGAUUAACGAUUCUGAGCAAUGUUAAAAAUAUACCAACAAUUGUCACAUUUUCCCAUUUGUUGUGAAAGCUACAUGAAACAUAAAAAAAUAAACACCUCAAUGUGGAUUGACAAUUUUACAAAAAAAUCGUAUAAAGUAUUUGAUCGGAGCAAGAUUUCUGAACAAUUGUUUACAAUUAUAAGCAAAAAUAUGACAUCAUAGUAAAACCGAUACCAUCGAUUCUUUCAAAGUCAAAAAAAAAAAAACAGUUUUUACAAUUUUUUUAAUUUUUCGGAAAUAUAAGAAAGGGAAAAUCUAUUUUUUUUUUUUUAAUAAACAAAAUUAUGUUUUUAUCAAUAAUCUUGAUCACUAAUCAUUACCCGCACAUGCUAAAUUAAUGUUCUAAACUGAUAGUCUUAACAAUUAUUAAGAUUUAUUACUUGAAAUGUCGUUCGAUCCGCAAGCAAAUUUUCCCAUUACCAUAAUAUUAUUAGAUUGGAAUAAUAUGGUAUUUGAAAGAUGUUCCAAUUACCAGUAUAAUAUUAUGGCCACACGCACUGCGCCAUUGGCUGCAGACCGCGGUACGAGACGGCCAAUGUCUCUCUUUCUUAAUCAAUAUAAACUGCGUUAACGAUGUUUGUACACUAUAUACAGACUUUGUUACAUCGGAUUUUUUUCCUCCCCAACGUUUCGCGUCUUCCAAGUCCAAUCGGAAGACACAAGAAGUUAAUAAUUUAUGGCGUACGCGGUCGCGGUGCGGUGUGUUACGUAUACGUAAGUACACAAGUCACGCGCUUAACUUGGGAAUCCACCCAGAUGUGGACCACUUUUUGUUGCCCCCGCUGCAGUCACCUAUACGCGUUCUUAAACUCGAGACAUGCAAACACGAUAUCGCGGUCACACAAGAUAAAAAAAACGCAAUAGAUGUAUUUAAUUUUUUUUUAUUUUGUCGGGAAGAAUAUAUUAUUAAGCAUCAUAAUAAUAUUAUUAUAUAGUAUGUGCGUAUAUCUACCAAUGUCGCGGUUCAUUGAGUCGGUGCAUAAAUGCGUCCGUGCGGUGUACUCGGAGCGUCGGAUAAUAUCAUUACGAUAAAAAACAAAAAAAAACCUUUAUUUGUUUUAUCGCUAUACACAAUAGUAGGUAUACUCAUUUUAAUAGAACACCGACCGAACUUUAACGAUUCGAAACACUGAUUUCUAAAUCAAAAAUGUUCAUAUGAUUCCAAUGACGAUCAUCAAAAUCAGUACUUAUUCCCAAGUUUAAGCUCAUUUGGUGCGGGAGCAUCUAGAAAUGUCCAAAAUACGACUAUGAGUGGGAUUAAUCAUUCACAAUUUAUGUUUUGCCAUUUGUUAUCAGUUUUCUUAUUUUUUUUUAAAUCUAAACCGAAAUAAUGCUUUCCGUAGAGAAAUACCAAAAACAGAAUCUAUCCGGGUAAACUAUAGGGGAUUUCAAUAAAAUAAUUCAAGUGCUAUUGAACGGAAAGUCCACUUCUCAUAAAGUACUACGCGAAUAAAUCCGAGCAUUUUUAAUAACCGAAAAUGUUUUUUUCCUGGUUGGCAAAACAACAUUCGUCUUUUAGUAAAACGAAUAGUUUAAUAAUACGUUCGUUAUACGCCCAGAAUCUAAAAAAUGACAAAUACUCGACUCGUGGGUGAAAUUAAUUUGAAUUUAUAAAAUAGGCACAUUUAAAUGAACGAAAAUACGAUUAAUCGAAAGGGUCGAACGCGCAUUUACAUGUUAAUAAUAUAUGGAAAGGGAAUGUAUGGCGUAGUUUUAUUCUCGGGAUGAAAUUAAUCUUCUCUGGCCGGUACCUACUCAGUAUAUUAUUGUAUAUAUAUUUACUGCAGUGUGUAUAGGAAUCGAAAUAAAUUCCAAAUAUGUUCGACGCGCACACAUCGCAACUAUAAUCGGACCGUGUAUUAUGCGUAUUAACUGUUUUUAUCUUUCGAAAUUUUUUUUAAUUUAAUUUAAUUUUUAAAAAUGUCCCAUAUAAUUCCCAACAAUUAUUCAACUUAGGUAGUUGGCAUUAUAAUAAUAAUAUAUAUAUAAACACCCGUGCGCGCUAAAACUUCGCGGGUCAACUACGUGAGUAUAUAGUAUAUUAUGCAAAUAGUCGACAUAAAAUGCAAUUAAAGAGGACCUAUUAUAAUAUUAAAUCGUGUACACGUAUAUAUAAUAUAUACGUAUAUCGCUCGUACGCGCAUAAAAAAAUAACCCUAAACAUUUUUUUUUUUUUUUUUGAUGCACUACUGUCCGACCGACAGACGUUAGGGUACAUAAUAAAAUAUACAUAUAUAAUGUAUAUUAUAUUGAAAUAAAAUAUUUUACCCCUAUUUUAUAUUAUGUAAGGCCCCUUUACCGCAUCCAAUAUUGUUUGAAAAAGAAAUUUGUCAUUUGUGACCUCAACAAAGCUUUUUUUUUUCGAACCGAUCACAUUUCAGUUGAAUGGAUUGACUUUAUAAAUUAUUGAGUCCGGGGACAAGGGCCCCGGAUGGCUGCUCGGUUUUAUUUACAGUUUUCCACAUAAUUUAAUCUUCUUUUUUUUCUCUCGGCCACUGAACAAACCGAUCGAGUUAUUAUUCGUCACCUGAAUAAGUGCUCGGGAAAAAUAUUGAAUUUGUUUUUCGUAUAUAUCUGCCUGCAUAAUUAUAAUGAUGUUAAGCAACGUGGUGAAAUAUUUCUAAUGAAUAAUUAUAGGAUAUAUAUUUCGUUUGAAAAUUUAAUUUUCAAUAAAUUCAAGUUUUUAAAAACUUUGAUCGGCGGGUUUGAUGGGAAACGUUGGGCGGAUUUACUCUAUUUUAGUUUUUUAAUUGUGCGCAUAAAUAAGGGAGCACAUCAAAAACUGGAAUGUACAAGUCUGGAACUGUAAAUCCAGAAAGUAAAUUUUUUAGAUUACAAAAAACUUUAAAUGUUAAUGUACUUCUACUAUUUAUAUCAAAUAGAAUAUACGGGAUCGUACAUAUAUUUGCAUUUUUAUCAAAAUGCACUCUCAUUAAAAAUUGAAACUUCAUCACACUGAACACAAUUUCCACUAAGUACAAAUGGUGAUGGACUUUAUGUAAAAUUGUCUAGUAUUUCUGCUGUGCCAUAACGAUUGCAUCCACAUACAACCAAAUAAAAACUAAAAUAUCGAAAAUAUCAAAUGCCCAUAAAUAAAUCAAAAAUGUCUGGAAUAUGUUGAAAAGUAAGCCAUUUUUUUUUUUUUUACAUAAAAAGUAAUUUACCUGUGAGAUUUGUUUUUUUUGGGAUAUAUCAUAUUUUUAGAUGUAAUACUAUGAUGAUAAAAGCUAUUGACUUAAUAAAAUAUGUGACCGACUUUAAUUACAUGUGUAUAGUUGAAUUAAUCAAGUUAUUAAUUAUACUGUUUGUAGUUCGUACUACAGGUACGAACGUGACUAACUACGAUACCUACAAAUUUAUUUUAAAAAACUGAAUCGAAAAAAUUGAUGAUUAAUAUGUUAUAAUUAUAAUACAUACAUGCAUACCUACAUAAUGAUAAAUAAAAAUUGUUUGAUGAUUCCUCGAAUCAAAUAUAACUUAAGUUAGCUAAAAGAAUAUUCAAAAAUUCUACACCUUAUUAUUUUUAAUGUGUUCGAUUUAAAAAAAAAAACAUUUAUAUUUUAACUGUGAAAUCCAAAAUUUAUGUUACGGCCAUUCUAUCUAAUACAUAAUCUAAAUAAAAAACUAUGUAUAAUACGACAGUCAUUUGAUGUUUAUUUCGUUUUUUAAUUUUUAGGGGGAUUUGGGGGUUAUCUUUUAAAAAUUAAAUGGAAUCUUUAUUUUUUUGCAAACAUUAUGUGAAGAUAUUUGUUUAAUCAUUGAAUAACACUAAUUUAUUCAAAACUCUAUGAUUGAGUGCAAUUUAAAAUUAAUUUUUUUAGAAAUUUCAUUUUGAUUGCAAUCCGAUAAUUAAUAAUUAAUGAUGUCACUAUACGUGGCGCAGCGCCGAUUCCAUGAUUCAGUUAUAACUGUAUAAUUGGUAUUAACUUUACAUCACUCUCAAUCAUAGAGUUUCUUAAAUCAGAAUUUCAAAAAAUUACCUGUUUAAAGUACAACCCAAAGAACAUAUCCUUCCAGAAAAGUUGCUAUACUUGAUAAUCAAAGUAUGCUUUCUGGAAGAAAAAGUUUUCACACAAAAAAUAUAACAAUAAUUUUAAUAUUAAACAUCAUUGUAAAAUCAAUACAUUCCUCGCUCUACUCAGAAUCUAAAACGUUCGUAUCAAACAUUUUUCUGUAUUUUGAAUAUUUGUCUAAUAAAAUAGCUGUAAUAAAAAUUUAGAAUUGCCCUGUAAAUAAAAUAAAAUGAUUUUAAUCGUACAAUUUUGUUUGUUUGUUUUCUUAAUAAAAUAUUCGCUGACUUUAUACGCAAUAAUAUAAUAUUACGACUUAUUAUUUAGAGCAUUUUUCAUACUACGUUGUUAUUAAUUAUAUUUUAAGAGUUUUUUUAGUAAUACAAUUUCGUAAGAGUACUGAAUAUAUACUUACGUAAUUGUGUAACACAUUAACAGUUACGUGAGUUCAGUUAUGAUGUUAUAUAAUUAAAAUGAAAUUAUACAUAGCUACCUAUUAUAUUAUUGUAUUUGAUGCGAUAAGACUGCAGUAAUUUUUACUCUACCGGAAUGCUAAUUUUAUUCAAGGGGUGCAUAGUGAGUUGGUGUAUACAGGAAGAACAGAAUUAGUUAGUACUUUUCGAAUGAAAAUAUUCCAAUAUGAGAAUGUUGUAAGAUGUUUUUCUUUUUGUCUUUUUUUUAGUGUCGCUUUAGUGAUAGUCAACAGAGAGAAGCAUAAGUCCGGAUUAUUAUUAACAUUGCAUGGUUUAGGCGUUCAAUUUGAUAUGGUCAUGGUAUUACGUUAUUUUUUUUACUUUAAACUUUGAAAGUAUAUUACGGAAUAUUUGGAGUAUUCGUUGUAUUUCCAAUAGUUUGUAAACGAAUUUAAAAGAGGGGAAGCUUUAAAAGUUUACUCAAUUAUUAUCCCCACAUAAUGUUAUUUAAAUCCACUUUGAAGGACUUUAAGAUUGAAAUUAAGAUAUACAUAUAUAUAUGAUUUUUUUUCUUAAUGCAUAAGAAUUCCCGAGUACAUGAUUUCAUCGCCAAUAUGUUAAAAGUUAGAACGAAACGUUAGAUAUUUUGCUUUAUUUUUUUUUUAAGAUUUGCAAUCUAUAAGCGAUAGUUUAAUAAAAGUACCUAAUCAAAAACUGUAAUAUACUUGGACAUUUUCGGAAAAUGUAUAAAGAAAACUGGGUCCAUAUUAUUAUGUAAGUAGUUUCGCAAAGAAAGGAAUGCAAAUAAGAACAAACAGCAAAAAAGUGUAAACGUGACAUAAAUAUGAGGUGUUUAAUAAAAAGAAAUAUUAUUAUUGUGAUUUAUUCAGAUGAAAUUUAAGGGAUACAUGCGUUGGAAAACAGGUGAAUUCAAAUUAGGCAUGUUUGAUUAUUUGUUUCAAACGUAAACUAAACAAUCGUUAAGUUUCACGAAAAUUAUCGUCACGUGUUGUCGGUAUUGUCUUUGAUUAUUAACGUAGUCAAAAAGUAAUUAUUUAUAGAUUUAGAUUCCAAGCUGAGUAAAGGUUUACAUGCAUGGUGUGUGUAGGGGGAAGUUAAGGAUUAUAUCCCUCCCCCAUUGACUUAAAAUACAAAAUAUGCGUAAUCUAAUAUCGGAAUGCAUAUAUUUCAGCCAAGUUACGAGAAAAAAACUUGAUAUAUUUAUUAGAAAUUGGCCUUUUUUAAGAUCUGGAUUUUAAAUUACCAAUUCCCACAGUCAAUUUGGGUAGAGAAGACGAAUUUAUGAUUUUUUCAAUAUUCUUUUUUGCUACCUUUUUCUCAGAUAUUACUUUUGGAACUAUAAACACGGUCAGAAAGUUUCCUCUGAUAACUUACGUAAUCGAACUUGGAUGUGAUAGGUGGGUACCUAUACUACCUAUUACUUUCAAGAUGUAAUUUUUCGAGUUUUCUGUUCGAUGAACUGAAAAUCGGUAAAAUUGAAAAAGUAAACGACGAUGACGAGAAGAAAAAUACUAUAAAAAACCCACUCUCAACGGUUUUUAAAGUACAAUAAUUGUCGUGGUUUCCGAUAUAUGUAUAAGUAGAGAAUCUUAUAGACAUCGUUUUAUUGUAGAGGGCGUAUUUCAGUUAAAACCAUGAAUCAAGGUAAAGACUUUGUCUUAAUUCAAGUGGUAUUAAUAUACUUAAGUAAUAUUAUAGCAACUGUAGCGAGACACAUUAAUUGUUAUACUAUUUAUACCGUCUGUUAUUAUGAUAAUAGUACUUACAUUUAUCAAACGUUCAGAGCCAUUUCUGUAUUAGUGUCUCUUUGGAAAAAUUAUUAUUCACGCGUAGAUCCAUGCUCAUUUCAUUUCCACUGUAAUAUAGUGAUGAAGUUUAAAAUCAUAUUAAAUCAAUACUAUUAGUGUUGGUAGUUUUAACUGAUGUGAUUAAAAUAGAAUAUUAUCACGAUGCAUUACCAUACGUUUGAUAAAACUACUGUACAAUUAACUAGGUAAUACUGUAGGUCCAAUAUGUAAUAUAAAUUUGAUAAUUUAUUAAUUCGUAUAAUAUUGUAUGAUAAAAAUAUAAUACAAAAUUUAAAAACAUUUUAAUACUUGAAAUAACAAAAAAAAUGCCUACUUACGUAACCAUAUCAUUUUAUCAUUUCACCAUGAUAUUUUCCAAGCAUUAUUAAAUACAAACAUUGUUCUCGUGUUAAAUCUUAUUUUGAUAAUUAGCAAUAAUAAUAAUUGUAUUGUUUGUGUUUAUUUCACAAAUAAAUUUAUCUAAGCUUCAUUAUUCAUACUGUCAAGUUUGCGUAAACAAAAUUUUACAUUAUUGUUAUAGUUUUUUUUUAAAUUUUAAUUUAAAUCUCAAACAACUGCCAUUUACCAUGACAUAAGUGGGUGAUGGAUAUACCUAUUGUUUAUUGACAAUUGGACAUAAAUACGACAAAAUUAUACCUAAACAAAAGGGGUAUUAUAUCGAUUUCAUAUGAACUUAUUUAAACUUUAAAUUUACGACUUGAUUAUAAUAUAUACAAUUUAUAACAUUAUGGUGAAAUAAAUAAUUAGAUUAGAUACUAUCCAGUAAAAUAUCUUAACGAUCAAUUCUAAUCGAAUAAUUUUGAGAUAUUAUACGGCGUAUUAUCCUUAUUAUGACGUAUGUUUAUACCAACGGAAUUAAUAUGAAUAUUGUAGAACAAACACUCGGUGGAACAGGCGAUACCCGAAAACCAGUGCUAUAUUUUUUCACCGUUUCAAUCGAAACAGUAGCGCCCAAGAUAUAUUUUUCAGGUAUAACAAGACAUAAUUUUACCUAUCCAUUCACCCCCUCUCUAACUCAAAAUUAUAUUAUUUAAUAAUUGUAUCAUAUUUUAGUUGAUAAUAUUAGUAAAUAUUAAGGUACCUACAAAAAUAUAAUCUGUGUCUUGUAUAUAUAUUUCAAUUUAAUUAUUUUAUGUUAUUAUAUCUACUCACCCCUUAUUUUUAAGAUGUAACGACUGCUAUACCUAUUAAUAGGGUUGGACGCCACUGACUUGACCUAAAAUAUAAUGUUUGUACAGAAAAUCGUAUUUUCCACGUGAAAAAGCAAGCUAUUUGACUGGUAUAAAUUCGAGAUUAAAGUAUUUUUUUUCAAAAGGGGUUUUGUUUGAACAACACAUUAUUAAACAUAAAAUAAAAUAACUCGCGAAAUAUAUCGAUUAUUAGACGUAUCCGGAAAAAUAAAAGUAGGUUAAUAUAACCUGAAAGUAUUUUUGUAAUAAUUUUGCAUAAUGUUUCUUUAGAUUUCUGUUUUUUUUUUUAAGAUCCUACACAUACUUACAUAUAUAUAUAUAUAUAUAUAUCAAUAUUUUAGAAAUAAAAUCAUGCAUCCCACGAUAACCCCUUUCAUUUUAUAUAUCACUUCUCGAAGAAGCGAGAGUUUUCUGAAAAAUAAUAAUAAUACACUAAAUUGUAUUGUUACUAACCGUUCUCUGCAUUAAUAUCAUAAUACCAUAAUUGUUUCUUAUUACGGUUCUUCUGUAUUAUCACCCCAUCAAGCAACUUUUCUAUUUUAAAACGUAAUCUGAUCGACGUGACUUUAACUUUUAUUUACACUUGACGUGUUUUUUCAACCAGUUAAGGCUAUAGGUUUUAGGUUUACACCAAAUUCCUAAAAUAUUAACUGAUUGGAGCAGGUAAACAGAAUAAGAGUUUGAACGAGUUUACUUCUGUUUUCGAACGUUGGUGUUGCUGCAAGUUGCAGGGUUACAAUUCCCUUUUUCCGACAAUUGUGCAAGGCUUAUAAAUUAUCACAAUAAAUUGUGUCACUGAUCAAAUCUAGCAAUUCAAAAUUAUUAUUAGUAAUAUCACAUAAACUGCAAAAUAUUAUACCUACUUAAAAGAUAUAAAAAAUUGUUUUGUCUAUAAUAUUCAGUAUAUUAUUAUGUAGGUACCUGUACACACAUAUUUUUAGAAGAGUACACUUUUUGUUUUCAACAUAUGAAAUGAAAAAUGGAUUUCACCAUUAAAAUAAAAAAUCGACAAAAUAAAAAGUAGUGGUAUCAUAUAGUAAAUAACAGAGAAAAUGAAAAACUUUCAACGCUAUAUUCCAUAUAUAUAUACAUAUAUUUGACAAAAAAAAAAACACAUAUAGCAUGAAUACAACGUAAAUAUAUAUUUUUUUAUUAUUAUACCACUUUCAGAUUGGAUAAAAAAUCAAGUGGUUUACAAUAUAAUAUGAAAUAAUAAAAUAUAUUAUAAAACUAUGACAGAUUCAGGAUUUGAUAAAAAUUUUGAACUAUAAGUGGUGAUAAUAAUGUCAACUUUUAAGGACACUGCGCAAGGCUUGUAUUUUGCCGAAAAAGUUGCUUUACCGAGUAAACUCUCCUGCCUUGUAGAAUGGUUUGAUUUCGAUCAUUUUUUUUUUUUUUAGAAAAAGUGCAUUGGACUUGAAUUUCGAAAAAUAAUAUUUCCAAACGAUAUACAUUAUUAGAACUUCAAAGUGACCAAUUUUUAAAACUGUUUUUUUUUUUUAAGAAUUUUUACUUUAAAUUUAAACCUAAAUCGUAUAAAUCCCUGUAUUUCUAAACAUGUUUAAGAAUUCAGAAUCAUAAUUCAUCAGAAAUGGCAUAUCAAUGUGUACAGGUACAGGUAUAAAUAAAAUAACUUUAUAUAUACACUAAUUUUCAACAUCCCGCCUAUAAUAGCGACAAACCAAUCAGCUUUAUUAGCUUCUAUUUUUAUUUUUUUAUUAUUUAUUUUUUUAAAUUAGAUUUAUAAAUAUUAUUCUUAUUAUACGCGUAUACGUGUACCCGUAAAUUUCGUCCCCUUAAUGUUCCAACUUUUCUGCUCGGCAUAACGGUUAUAAUAAAAACUCUAUUACCUUUUAUACUAGUUGGUAUACUAUACUCGUAUUUCUAAAGAUGUAUAUUAUGCGAUACUGCGCGAAAGUCUGUAGCCUGUAAAUUCCGACGGUCGACGCUGCAUAUAGUGAUUGUCAAAAUACGCGCCAAAAUCUUCAGUGUGUACGUCUUGCGGAAAAUGUAUUUUAAAUAUAUUGCAUACCUACACUGCAAGUAGAAUAUUAUAUGUCGUACCUAUCGUGUUCACAGACGGAUAUUUUGGCGAACGCUGCCGGUAUAUUUAUACCGUCACCGGCUAAAUACCCGACCCGACAUAAAAUUAUAUGCGUGUUCUCAAAAGGAUAUAACGCCGUUUGCGGAAAAUUAACAUUUUCGUCCCGGUUUAUCCUUCUAUAUAGUUAUAGUUUUGAUAAAUGUUUUAACCUCUUUAUAUAUAUAUAUAUAAAUGUAUAUCCCGAUAACUUGAAUGUCCGAACACUCGAUUUACGGCCGUUAUACGCGUGCAUAUAAUAGAACAGUAACUUAGUUAUUAUCGUGGAUCCAAUGCCUAAAUUAACACGCUCGAAUUAAAAAGUACCUCUGUAGUUUGAAAUUAUAUUUUUUUUAGAAAACUAACCUUACUAACAUGAUGGCCUCACUGAUGCUAAGUCAAAUAUUUGUGUAGUUAUAUAUUCGUCGAAAUUUUAAAUUUAAAUUGCUUAUAGAAAAAAAAAAUGAAUACGAAAACAUUAAGCUAAACUUUUCUUAUUUUUUAACAUCAAAUACAAAUUACGAAAAUGCCUGAAUUGAAAAAUUAAAUUCACUCCGAAAAAAAGUACGUGACAUGAAGUUAUUUUUACUAUUUCCAUUCAAAUUUUUAAUUUUAAACACGUUUAUGUACAUAAAUAUAAACAACUACUACGCUACUCUAAGUUUUCAUUGUUUAACCAUUAAAUGGAACGUAUGAUGAAUAUCGUGUUAUAAUUACAAACAUUUUUGCUGGGCCAAAAUAAUUUCUCAACAUAAAACCUAAAAUAAAAAUAGAAAAUGAUAAAUGCCUAUAACAGCUUAAAAUUUUUUAGAAUAUUUUGAAAAUGUUAAAAAUUUAAAGAAGUAUUCUGUCUCUACAAUUACUUUUAUUGAGUUUUUUACUUUAUAUCAGUACAGAACGAUAAAUCAUCACCUACGAAAUUUGAUUCUGAGUGAUGCUCAGUUAUACAUGUUUUAAAAAUCCGUAUACAUUUUAAGAUCUUCUUUAAAAUAUAAACUUAAAACAUGCAUACAAAAAACUAAUUCAUUGCAUUCAAUUUUUUUUGUUACCACUCAAUUAAACUUAUAAUGAACUUUGUAUUAAAUUUGAAACAUUUCGGUUUAGUCAACACAUUUUUAUACAUAUGCAAUUAAAUAAAAACUAAAACAAUCAAAGAUUGUUAAUACCUAUAAAAAAAAACCCUCCAAAAACCGCUAAACAAUAAUUCGUGUUAUAAAUCAGUAUUGAAUUAAAAAUAAAAUGUACAUCAUGUUUAAAAGAGGAAAGUUAUGUAAUAUCAAUUAAUGAUUUUUUUUUUUAAAACCAAAUUACGACGCAAAAUUAUGCGACACUACGCAAAUAUUCUGAUUUAAAAACUUGUAAAAAGAGAUUUACACGACAACAACGUGAAUGUUAAACGAAAUACACCGUACAAACAAGUGUAUUUGCAAAAAUAAUGGCAUUUUGUGCGAUUCAAAUUGCCUCGAGAGUUUUGAAAUAAAUAUUAUACUUUUUACGGUACGUGCUACGUAAAAUAAAAAUACUUUAACUGUAAUGUGCGUUUUUUGUGAAAACACAGUUCGUGUACGCCAACAUGUAUUACGAGUAUAUUUGCGAAUGUUGGAUUUAUAUUAUUAUAAUAUUUAUGUGACUUUCCGACAUUCGCCAAUUUAAGUCGUGCAUGUCAACAUUCCCCGGCAACUGUUAGCAUUCCCGCCCCAUUAGCGAAAGUUAACCAGUACAACAUAUAAUAUACUAAUUUAUUAUAAACCCUUAGACAUUCUGUUGUUGUUUUUUUUUUUUUUUAAAUUAAUGAAUACAGUAAUAAUACGUACUGACAUUUUAAUUGCAUAAUAUCGCAUGAUAUGAUAUCUUCAUUUGUAUUUGUAUUUAUUACUAAAACGUGUUCGACACGGUAAUAGUUUCUAUAUCGUGAAAAGAAUUCACUAUCGAGAUAGUGAAUGAUGAAGUAUCGACGUAUGAAUAGGAUGAUAGUAACUAAAUAUUGAAUUAUGGCGAACGCUGCUAUUGCAUUGUAAAAACUAUAAAACAAAACUAAACCAUAAUAUUUCAAUCUAUAAUUUGUUUAGGUUUUUGAAAUGAAAAAAAAAAAGAAAAACAACGUACCUAAUAACAGAUCAAUUAUAAAUAUCGAAAAAUUUAAUUUUUAAACUAUUUAUUAUAGGUUUAUGUACACAGGUGUCAGAGUUGAUUAGUCAGAGUUAAUUAUUUUCAAAUUAAAAUAGGUACUCAAUUAUUAUUAUGGAUAAAUAUUUGUUCAAUAUGAUUAUCGUCUUCUCUGUUAUUAAUAUUUAUGACAUAUAGUGGACGCUUAAGAAUCAAUUAUACCUCUUUACACAAAUUGUAUACAGUCAAAGUCAAGAUAUUCAACGAUGUCUCUAUGUUACUCUAUGCAAUAUCCGCAUCAAAUGUAGGUGGGUUUCUGUAAUAGUAUCGCUAUAAUUUUAAAACCGGUUUUCACUAUCGUGAUAAUCUAUCGAUACUAUAUUAUCGUGUGGACCAGGCUUAAUAUCGUAUGAUGCUUAUUUAUAUGUUUAUAAAAACUAAUAAAAACUAAACAAACCGUUUAAAUAUAUAUGCGUUAAACAACAUUAUUCAGAUUUUUAUGUGUUAACCCAUAUAGGAGAUUAUUACAAUAAUCGCUCAAAAAUAAAUUCAUUAAUUUUACAUAAUAUAAUAUUCAUGUUUAAUCUGCAAAAUUAUAAUUGAAUUUAAAUAAAAAAUGUGUAAAUUCUAUAUAACGGAGAUCAAUUUAUCUAAAUAAUAUUUGUGUUAAAUUAGUGCAGUGUCGUAAUUUUAAAAAUCUUGUUUGUAUUUGCUUAAUGUUUUUUCGAUUUUACAAGUUUUUUUUUUUUUUAAACUGUGAUAUUUUGAAACACGAUUACUUUAUCAAAUUAUCUGUAUCAAAUUCCAAUCAAUAAAUAUUGCAGAUUAUUUGUACAACAUUUUAGUAGCGUAGUCAGGAUUUUUAAUUGGACAGAGUGGGGAUUAACCAUUUUUCUACUCAGAAGUGUAAAACUGAUAGGUUCUAUCAUAAGUUAAACAUGCUGAUGCCGAGGCUUUAUUUUGAGUUUUGGUUCCUGUAUGACUAAAAAAAUGUGUAUUUAUAACGCACUGAAUGACGUUAGCCCAUUGUUAUUAAUGUGAUCAACAAUAAAAAUAAUAAUAUUUCAUACCGUCUCAAACUAUGCACAAUGACUAACAGUGCAUAUUAUAGCAGAUGUAGCAGUUUAAAUGUGAAACCAACAGAAGGAUAAACUUCAGCACAUGCAGUUAUAAUAAAUAAAAAAAAAAUAUAUUAUUACUCUACGGACUAUAGUGCAUACUAAAAUAUUGAUUGCUAGUAAAGUUCUAACCAUGGACGUUAAACCAAACUAACAAAAUUAAGAUAAAAACUUAUAAACAAAAAGUUAGUUAUAGUUUAAGACUUUUGCAGCGACUUUCAUAGACCAUAGAAAUAAUUUUUUAACUCUCUUAAAAUUUUGGGGAGUGCUACAAAUCCCUAACCUGCUUGGUUACGCUACUAUACUAUAUGGUGCAAUUAUUAUAGAAACGUUCAGUUUGUUUAUUUAAAUAUCGGAGAGCUGUACCUAAUUUAUCGGAAAACUAACUCUGAAAAACUAACAGUAUAAUAAUUAUAUUACAAAAUACGUUUAGAUAUUCAUUAAGUUAUCAUUAAAAAAGAUAAUUAUUUACUUUUUUAGAUUAUAGUCUUACAUACUAUUCAGUGUGUCCCACCAUGUUCAAUGGAUUUUUUUAGCGCUGUUAAUAUUAAUUUUUUUUUUAAUUUUUUUUUAAUGGGUUUAUUUUCAAGGAAGAUAUCGAUUCGGAGAAUAUUUAAAUUUUUAUUUUCAUCCUCUAAACAAAAAAAAAUAAAAUAAAUGUAUUUAUUCACUUUAGACAAUUUUCAAAAUAGCCAAUCUUAUAAACAUAUUAUUCUAAUAAAAACUGUAAUUUAUCAUACAUCCAUAUUCGUUUCUUAAUUAAAGUCGCUUUAAUUUCUAGAAACUAGGCAUGACAACAAUUAAUAUUCAAUAGAACCUAAAGAAUCAUCAUGCUGAUUGUAAUACCUUAUGGCAUAACAUGUUAUUUUAUUUAGUAUUAAUUUUUUUCACGCCUAAUUAACACGGCUGUAACUAAGAAAUUAUUAAUCGGUUAUUAUAUUAAGUAAAUGUUUUAAAAAAUGGCUAUUUUUAAAAUUUUCUAAAGUUAAUAAAUAAAAAGCGAUUUUUUUUUUUUUUUUUUAUGUUACAGAAUGAAAAUACGAAUUUAAUUUUAAAAAAAAAUCGAAAACAAUUUAAUAUUAACAGCGCUAGAAAAAUCCGUCGAACUUGGUGGGAGACACUGUGUAAUGUGUUUUUUUUUCUCUGUAACCGCUUUUUGAUUUUCCUAACAGACUCUUGUUUUGAUCAUACACAAAAAAAAAGUAAAACCUGAUACUGUAAAGUAUAACCUGCUAUUUCUUUAACAAAUUCAAUUUUAACUACGUAUUUUAAAAUUAAACCGAUAAAACAAUAUAUAAUAUAAGUUGAGCAGGAAUAUUUUUUGAAUGCCAUCGUUUUAUAGUGACUCUCAAUAUUUUACUAAAAAUAAUGUCGCUCAAGACUCAAUUCAUUUUAAAACGAUUUUCGUAUUCUUUAUUUUUUAUAUAUAUUAUUAUAUAUAUAUGCAUUUAAACUUUAAACCCAUAAAAAAAAUGUUUUACAUGCCACAAUAUAAUAAACUAUCUCUAAAAAAAAAAUUCGAAUCGAUGUAAAAAUAAUAACUAAACAAUUGGAUCGUUUAUAAUAUUAGGUACUUCUCUCAACAUUAUUAUACUUUAACAUGUAGGUAUAUAUGAACGCACCUGUACAUUUUCUUUCGGCCGAACGUACAUAGAUGUGAAUAUUAUAUUAUAAUUAUACAAUAUUAGUUUAUACUAGCUGACCUAUUCCUUGAUAAGAGUGUUUAUAAUAAUAAUGAUGAUAAUAAUAAUAAUAAUAAUAAUAAUAAUAAUAGUUUUACUAUCCGUGACAGCCAAAUUAUUAUCCAUGUCACCGAAGUAACCCAAGAAUAAAUCAAAAUAAAUAAAUAAAAAAUAGAUAUAAGUUCCGAAAAAUCCUCAAAACCUAACUAUUGCAAUUUUAGUAGGUAUCUCUAAUUUUUUUUCAAAAAAAUAAAGUACAGCCUAGUAAAGUUAAUCGCUGGUAAUGUAGUUUUUGUAUGUGAAAGAAGUUUUAAAAUCGGCUACGUAGUUUUUGAGCUUAUCCAUUACAAACAUACAAACAAACAUUUUCUGUUUAUAAUAUUAAAUAAUAGUACGGAUAUUGAUAUAUAUUCGGAAACAUUUGAUAUUUUCACGAGCAGGGAGUUAAGAUUACAAUAAGAUUGAUAGUUAAAAAAAAUAUUAACAAUUACACGUGUCCGUUUGCACGAGUAUAUACUAUACAUAGUUAACAUUAUUAUUUUUUAAAGUCAACGGCAAUCUUAAAAAUAUCGCCGUCUCGGGUACGCGUAUAUUAUUUAAUCGGUGUGACAUCUGCGCGUCGUCGCGUGAAUAAAAUAAAAACACUAUUAUUCCACUCCCGGUCGUAGAAAAAGAAUUUGUCGAUUUCGUUUGCUGUAAAAUACCGAAUAGAGUUACCUACCCUGCGCCCGGCCCCAAAACGUCAUCCGUCUUGAAAUCAAAAUGGUCCAAGUCCAUUAGACGAGAACAAUGGAAUAAACUUGGCCGCGAUUCGUCGACAUUGACGUUAACGUCGGUGUCGCCCGAUAGUAUUAUAAGUGCAUAUAUACAUAUAUAUAGCGGAGACGUUGAUAGAGCCUUUAAAUAUUUGGUUUUCGCGUUCUCGAGUGUCGUUACCGUUCUUAGACGCUAAACGACGGUGAUUAUUUGUGUCAGGGGUAUAUAUAUUUUUAUUAUUUACCUACACUUCCCUCGUCGGGCGACUCCAGAAACAAUAACAAUCCAAAUAAAAUCUAAACGUUUCGACGCGAAGGAGCGGGUGUCAACGAAAUUUUUUGUCAAUAAAUUGGCGACUGCAUUGCGUGUUAUUAUAUAUUUUAUGUACGUUAUUGUUAUUGUAGGUAAAACUUCAUGUUUCGGAAACGGGAAAAAAAACCCGAACAAAACUCGUUCGUUUGUAAAUCACAUUAAUGUCGUGAUUUCGUUUUAUUUAUUUUUCGUUAAUGUUCGGGUCCGUUUUGAAGAGCAUACAAGUAUACGGUUUACGGGGGGCAAGUGGGAGAAGAGGAGUGGAAAAAAGGAAACGGAAAUUUAGGCUUUUUCAUCAAAUAAAAUAUAUUGGUUUGAGUCGGAACCCGAUUUUUUUUUUUUUUUUGUAAUACGUUUAUAUACAUAUAUAAGCGCGUGUGUUUGUGUGUGUGUGUGUGUGUUCUGUUUACGGUCUGUACGUUUAUUGCUCAAGUUUACUACCCUUGGCGGAGGCAUCCAUAAAAGACAAACAAAACUACAAACAAAAAUCCGGUUGAAAAAUAAACGCCGUGCGCGAAUGAAAUUUAUUAAGCGAGCGCUGAUGUUGACAAUUCACCCGACGACUGUGCCGCGUUUUGUCCAUAAACUUUGUACAUAAUUUAUUUCGUGACGAUUGGAGAUAAACGUGCUCCUCCGGUAAUGAAUGGCUUUGACUGGACGUUAUUUCAACGAAUGACCAUAGUGCGCAGAUAAUUAUAUAUAUAUAGUGCAUACGUGAACGUGACUUUAGCAAUAAUAGACUAAAGGUGAUGGCAUACGAUGUGGGCAAUGGCCGGCAUAACGUAUUAAAAUUUUUUCAUGACGAAAAUCGAUCGAAAACUACAAUACACAUUUUUAGAUUGAUUAUACGAUAUUUUAUUUUAACGCGUUUUUGAUAUCGAUUUAUCUGACCAUCGUGAUUUGAGAUGUGUUAAUCAUGACAUUUGUUUGAAUUAUAAUAAUUAUUUGCUAACUUAAGUAAACAUAUUUAAAAUUAAAUUACUCGGGAAUCGAUCCAUAGAGUCGAACAAUAUACGGAGUGAUCAAUAAUUUAUGACGAACCAGCAAUGGACCAAAAGAAUAGGGGAGUGUUAUUAGUUUAUUGCUUUAAAAUAGUAGUUUAUUACCCUUUCCAACUUCUUCGGUCUACAUUUUCAACUUUUAUAACAUACGAACCGUAAACUCGAUAUUAGUGUUACGCAUCAUCAUAUUAGCGUAUAAUCCAUUCAUAAAACAAAUAUUGCCUAUUCAAAUCAUUGGUUAAAAAGAGAGGCGUUUCCAGUUUAAAAUCAGAAUUGUACACUCAUCUUUUCUGAUAUAAAGAGUAGGGGUUAAGCAUUUAAAUAGCAUAAAAAAAAAAAAAAAAAUCAUAGUUAUAUUAAGAGACGAGUGUAAUUAUAUUUUGUAAACUAUCUUCGUCUAUUCUUUCGUCGCAUUUAUUUUAUGUAUGAUGUCACCUGGAAAUAAUGUGGGAACAGGUGUAAUGCUUAUUAAAGUAACGGAGGAUGUCUGCAGAAAAUCCGAGGCCGAUCGGUAUAAUAAUCUGAUAAACGCAAGCGUACCGGCACAAAAUAUUACAAAAGCGUUCUUUAAUAUAAUCAUAAUCUUAUAGUAUAAUAAGUAUAUUAUUUUUAUUAUAAUGACAUUUAUAAAAUCGCAUUAUUUCGCCGAGUAUUAAAAUUGAAUUUAAAACGCUUUAAUAUACAGUCUUCAGGGCCGGCGUUAGGUUUCACGAGGACCUAAUUAUUAGGAUUAAACUGAUACCAUUUUUUACCGAUAUCCGAUAUUCCAAUAUAUGCUACUGAUAUAAAACCUUUACUCGAUUUUUGAUAUUGAAAACCAUGUGUUAUUAUUGAAAUUAAUCGAUAUAUUGGUUGAAAACGCGAUUUGUUAAUAUUUUUUCCAUAAACCCAUAGAUAUAAUAGACAUUUUUCUCUAAAAAUGUCGGGUCAAAUAUUAGUUUUGAAAAAGAAAAAGCCUAUGCCAAUAAAACCGAUACAACCGAUAUCAAGUAUCUGUUUAUAAAUAGACCCACCUAUACUUAAUAUAACGAAAAUACAAAACCUAUAAUCUUUGAAAUUCCGUGGUAUUGAAUUUUAACUAUUCCGCCACUUCCCACCAAAUGUAGAAACUAAAUAAAUUAUGAAACCUAAUAUUUGUAUAAUUAUUCGAGGCCAUGUUGUCACAUGCAAUGUGACGUACAUUCACGUAUUUUAUAGUAUUUCCAAAACAUAGUUAUGUAUACGGAAUGAUUCACUAAAUGGGGUCACCCAAUUUUUUUUUUUUUUUUUUUUGGUUAAAUUUUGCGUAUAUUCAAAUUCUAAUUUUUGCAAUUUUUGAAUACUUAGAUUUUUCACAACAUUUAAGGAAUAUCCUAUGGUGAUAUCAACUUUAGUUUUCCAAAUGAGAAGCUAUAUUGAACAUUCCAUAAAUAGACGGAUUAUUACUUUAAAUAAAUUUCGGUUUCAAACAUUUUGAUUUCCGUCGACCUUUUAACAACAUAUUCUACUUUUAAGUUUAGGCAGGGAGAAAGUAGUGGAGUACCAUUUGUGUGGUGGAACGACGUGUGGCGUUUUAUAAGUGUUUCCAUAUAUACCAGCUUACGGGGUACCUACAUAAUUUAAAAAAGCAACGCAUUCGUAAGAUAAUAGAAAUUAAUACAAUUAAUAUUACCAAUGGUUGAAAAUCACUACAUUUAAUAUAGUACGAUAUCAAUACGUUUCUACGUUUCUAAAAAAAUGAGCUCCCUAAGAUCAUUAUUUUUUUUUUUUUUGUGUUUGGCUUACAACAUUUACUUAUUUGAAAAGUAUUGCGCUGCUUUUCUUAAAAAUUGUUAUUUUUGUCAAUCAUUAUAAAAGUAAUACCUAACUUAAAUAUUAAUGAUUACAAUAUAAUAUAAUAGCAAUAAAUUUACAUUUGUCGUUUCCGACAACAGAAAAAGAAACCAUAAUUAUAUAUUUUAUGUAUAAUUUCUCCCCUUGCCCAACUCUAAAUCCAGCCCACAGAACUGUCAAUCCUAUUCCUAUACAUAGAGAUUUAAUAUACUUAUUAUUCAUUUUACCAAUACUAUGCAUACAUAUUGUUACGAAAUGCGAUCGUAACUGGAUAAAUUAAAUUUAUAGAAUGAUACGGGCUUUAUAAAUAUUAAACUGUAAUUUAAAAAAAAAAAUCGAACAGAAUAAAAAAAAUAUGGAGUAUGAUUAACAGUAGUCUCACAUCGCCAAUCUUGGCAAUAAUACCAAUGGUAAAUUAAUAUGAAUAAUUUUAAAGCAAAAAUAAAUCAUUAUAGGAAAAAAACCAACCUGAAGAUCGGUUUUCUAUAUAAUAGUGAAUAAUAUAUAAGAUGUAACUAAUAUUUUACGUAACAAUAAAAACCAAAAUGAAAAAUAAAAUUCUUUCAAAUCUGUUACAGUAUAAUUGAUAUUUUUUAUUAAAUUUUAAGUAAGGUGUUAAAUUUACAAUUUUUAGUUUUUUUGCCGAUUUUUUAAUGCAGAGAUUUAUCAUUUCUUUCAAUAUAACAAAGUAAUAAUAAAAUACUUAUUUGCGCCUCACCACGGGGUUCACUAUAAGAAACAUUUAUACAAGUUAAAGUCUGUACCUUAAUUGUUUUCAACAUAUGUUUUUCUUUCCAUCGAGCACUACCUGAAAUUGUAUUGAAUGUAAAAUUAAUCAAUUUCACAAAGAAUCGGUCCAAGACUUCGUGUGUGAUUUCAAUCCUUCAUUCAUUAUUCUAGUCGAGUUUAGGAGUUCAUUUGAAGAUUAACGUAGUACCUUUGAAAUUUAGCUUAUAGUGAAUCUGCACACUAAAUCGAUUUAUUUGAAGAGAGAUUUUAAUGAUAAAUUGCAAGAAAAUUUUAAACAACAACAAGCUUAUAUCUGAGAACAGGAAUUGAUAAGGGCAUUUCACAUGAAAAACACAUCCGUGGAAGAAAGUAUGAAAAAAAAAAAGAUAAAGAGUAAUAUUGUCAAUUGAAAAAAUUAUACAAUCCGUUUAAUGUGUACAUAGUAUAUUAUACACAGUGUACAUAACCGUAGAAUCAGUGGCACCGAAGUAGUAUUAAAAUAUUCGGGAAAUUUUAAAAAUUAAUAACGUAUAUAAUUUUUAAUUUGGUAAUAAUAAUUAAUAAUACAAUUUUACAAAUUAGUUUAUCGACGGUAUUAAAAUAGCGUCUACCAAAUUUCACUUUUUUUAGGAAUGUAUAUGAUAUUAUUAUAAUAAAAUAGUAAAAUAUUUUAUAAAAACAAAACAAAAAUAAUUAUACAAUUUAGUAUAUUAAUAUUAGAUUUGAAGCGUAGCGAGGUAUCUAUUGGUUUUACUGUGAUGUGUGUUUUUUCUGCCCGUAAAUAACUUAUCGAAAACAAAACUUACUCCAGUAUAUAGAUUGUAGGACUUUUUCUGAAAAGUUGGUACAUUAAAAAGGUUCCUUCUAGACAAUUCAUUAUAUUCUAAAAAAGCUUACUGAACUAAUUGAUUAUUAUUUUAUGAAACAAUAAUAAAUCCAUAAAAAGCGUAGCAUAAUAUUAUAACAUAACCAUCAAGGUGGCUACUACCACCACCACCACCACUACCUCAACAAUUUAGUCAGGCGAUUGCUCGACCUAUACCACAUGUUCGACCCAUGUACUUCGUAACAUUAUUUAUAAGAUGGCCGAAGAAUAGUUGAGAUUUCAUUUUUUUCGUCUCUUCCGUAAAAUAACUAAUAAGUUAUAUCAGACAUUUCCCGUAGAACAAGUCGUAAAAAGUCUAAAAAUGUGUAUCAAAUAUUUUUUUUUAUAGCAGUUUGCUUUAACAUAAUAUAUCAAUAGAAUAAAUGAUAUUUAUAAUAAGUGAUGUAUUAUUAACAGUUCAAAGUAUAUUAAAUUUAAUACCAUUACCAUAUAAAUACAAACUUAUUAUCCAAAUUUUUUUCAAAUAGAUUAUUUUUUAUCGAUUAAUCACAAUUUGCAAUUCAAUUAAUUGAUGAAUGACGAAUUUAAAAUUUAAUAGUUUUUUAUUAAAACUUUUGAUACAUUAAGUACCUAUUCCUUAUUGUGGUACUAAAAAAUACAAAUAUAGAAUCAUUAAAAUUCAACAAAAAACCAAAAAUAUUCUUCAAAAAAUAAAAUAAAAUAAAGUAAACAACAUAAAAUUACUUAUUCGGCUUUGACGCGUAACGUCACGAAAUAAAUAUUUUGUUUCUAGUAGGCCUUUGUUUACUGUUAUGCAAAACAAAUAUGCAAAUAUUGCUAAAAGUCCUCUUCCAUAAUAAUAUCUAGGUAACAAAAAUAUUGAUUGUGGUAUACAAAAGAAAUACGAUACUUUAUUAAACAUCGAUUUUUGACCCAAUAAUCUGCAGAGCAAAAGCCAGACAAAAAAUUUAGUCACAAUAAUGGCAUAUCUAAACUUUAAGUGCAAACCCAGAAAAUAUAGGACACAAGAUAGACACGUGUCUCGAUAAUAAUAAUAUAAGAAACUCUAUACUAGAUUAUAUCUAUAUAUCUAUCUAUAAAUACCAUACACUUUAUACUAAUAGACGAACCUUUUGCACACGAAGAACGAUCAUAGAUAAAUCUUUACGUGUGACUUGUGGCUUUUACGUGGUAUUAUUGUACAUUGUACUGCACACACAAUGAUAAUACUGAUGUGAUUAUACUGUACACCAUUGUAGUAUGUCUGACCGGUUACUACCUCAGCUCUUCAGCUACUCUAAAGGCAAGGCCAGUCAAUUAGUGUAAGGUCUAUGAUAAAUACUAAUAUACGCACAUAGAAAGUGUAAUAACACAAAAGAUGAAUAACUGUUAAAAUAAACCAAAAAAUAAGAGCUAGUACAAAGGUAAUGUGAGAGUUAUAAUAAUGUAGGGAAGUCAGAGAGUUCUAAAGAAGAAAAAGAGGUACUCAUUUAAUCAUUUUGUUAUUACCUUCUUGAUAUUUGGAUGGAUUUAGAGUCUUGAAUCUGAGAAUGGUUACAACAUCAAUAAAUUAAAAAUACAAUAAUGUUUUAACCUGCUGUUGGAACGCUAGAGUUUAUAACUGUAGAUAUUCUCACGUGAUCCUAGAGUCGUUGGACGGUAGUAACAGUUCAAUUAAAUCGUUGGUUCAUAUUAAAUGGAUCACUCUAUAUUAUACUAAAUCGAACGAAUUUUUAAGAACAACUUUGACAGCAACUAUAUUAAACGCACAUAAUCAUUACAUUAUAACAUGACUAAUACUUAAGACACAAAUUGUUACAACCGUCAUACUUACGCCAGGUAUAUGACUGCACAUCUAAAAGCAAUAACGCUAUAGACUUGACAAAACUCUGUGAAAAAUCUUUUCCGAGGACCGCUGCGUAUGUUUUCGUACAAGUUUCUUAUAUUAUAAUACGUGAAAGUCGUGCUUCGUGAAAUCUGAAAUACCUCAUUCAACAAUGUUAUUAUUACUAUAUUAUUGUAUAUAACGAGCACUCGAAAAAUCCGUAUUCGAAAUAAUCCACUCUAUAAAAAUAUAUUGUAGUAUAAUAUCCAGAAACCGUAAUAAUAUAAAAUAUAAUAUAAUACACUUUCUAUAGUAAAUCUCUAAUGUUUGAAAAAAAAAAAAAGUUUUACCCCUGUAUAAUAACAAGUUGUCGACAAUAUGUUUGAACUCGCGUGGCUUUGUGUACGAUCGCGUAUAUUUAAGUAUAUGCACUUGAUUUAUAGAUAUUCUUUGAGAAUAAUAACAUUGAUUAUAUAUAUAAAUAUAUAUUAUUUAUCAUUAAACUGAAAGAAACAUUUUUUUUUUUUUCAUUUCAACUAUUGAUGAAUUUAUGAAAUUUUGUUUUUAAUGUGCGUUUUCGGGAUGUUCGUUUGCUGCGACAAACGCACUGCAUAAAACAUGAUAUAAACUAAUUGUUUUGUGUUUUUCUUAACUUAUAUCAGGGACAUUUUCGCAUUUACGAUAUAAAAUUAAUAUAUUCAAUCAGACAUGCUAAAAUAAUUGAAGAGAAUGGACAGACCAUUUAUUUCAUUACCUGAGAAUUAAGCUUUAGUAUUUUUGUGAUUAAACUGAGUAAUUUGUUAUUGAUAACACAAUUUAAAAAUCAGUAAAUAUGAAGAAUGAAUCAAUAUAAUAUAAUGAUAAUAAUUAUAUACAUUUAUAAAAUAUACUACAAAUUUGUAUAAUAUAUAAGUAACUAAUUGAAUUAUUAACCCAACUUUGCCCGUGUUCUACUGAAUCAUUUUUGUUACGAUUUCAAUGUUCAUAUUUAUAUAUGUGUAUAUUUAUUGCAUUGAUCGCAUAAAUGAACAUUAACAGCAUAGGUCAUUACUUAUUAGUAACCUAAUGACUAAUUACUCAUUAGUUAUUUAGACGUAAACUUGAAAAUAAAAUUGUUUUACAUAAAUAGAUUUAAAUAGAUAAUUUUGUUUUUUUUUUUUUUUACGUCUAUCUGAAGGCACACAUCUAAUUAUUACUGAAUAUAAUUACUAUUAUUACUUAUUUAUAUUAUUUUUACUUAAUAAAAAGCCGUAAAUCUAAAUAAAUAGAUAAAAAAAACCCGCCUAAGAUCAUUAAUUUGUUCCAUAGCUAACCUGUUACAGAUAUAUACAUUUUACAGAUAUAUUAUUUUGGUUUUUAUAAAUUUAAUGAAAGAUGUCCAAUGUGCAAUGUUUAUGAAGUAAAUAUAAAUUCAAAUUAUAACAAUAAUAUAGACAUUUUUGUACCAUCACCUUAAAAAUGGCCUCUUUUCUUCUAUCAAUCUUAUAGAACACCGAUAUUCUCUCAUUUCUAUCUUCAACCCCUUUUAUGAAGUGUAUAUAUCUAUAAUUCUGAAAAAAAAAAAAUCGAGUUAUACUAAUACUAAUCAUUAAGUAUAACACUUAUUUGUAAAUGACAAAUGUUAAAUAAAAGUAUCGUUAUUAUAAAAUAUUUUAAAAUAGAUAUACUGUAUUACUGUAUUUGAAUACUUUUAAAUCGUAGGUAGUCACAAUAUUUUUCAUUUCAAAAAUACCUUCCUACUAAUAUUAUAAUAUUAUGUCUCCUCUUAUAAAGUAUUCGGUAUUUUUACAGGACAAUAGGCGAUGGAAUUUUAGUAUUACUACCGAGAAAUAUGAAUAUAUUUUGGAAUGGAGAGAGUUAAUAUUAUAUGUUACAUAUUUAUUGUGAUAUAUCAGAAAUGUGUAAUAUUUUUUUUGACAAGAUUACGAUUUAAAAAAAAAUUACUUUAAGUUUAUGCAGUAUGGAUUUUACUAAGAAAAUGUAUAUACUUUUGAUGAUUAUAUUGCGCGAUUUACAUAAAUAUCGUAAAUGUAUGGUAUAUUAUUUUAACGAAAACCACAAUACUUGGUUUAGAAUACUGUAAGAAGAAAAUAUUGGGACUUUUUUUUUUACAUUUUUAUGGCUAUUUAUAAAAUAUUUCAAAUCAUUAUUUAUUCACACAUUAUUUAUUUGAGAAAAAUUGUUAAAAAUUAUAUAUUCUGUUUUAUUGCAAAAUUCCCAAAUCAAGAGCCAUAUCACUUUUUCUCCAAAAUGGCACCACAAUAUUCUAUACAAUAUUUAUUGUAUUAUAUAAUAUAUAAUAUUAUGUGGAUGAAAAAGAUGCCUUAUUAUUUAUAAUUUAUACCGAUAGCGGACACGAUACCAAAUAUUAGUGGUGGAUCUGUACAUUUAAAAGGGCCAAAACUAGUAUAAUAGGUACAUAGAUACUUAGACAGGGUUCUAACUGAAAACUAAUUUUGAAGGAGGAAAAUUUGUUUAAUAUAUUAUGCAUUCAUAUUUCUGACGUUCAAACGUGCAUCACUGGACAUUCUCUUCCUAACAAUCCUCCUUCUCUAGCUUAAUAAUUCAAGUAAAAAUUUUUAAACAAAAGACUCAGGUAGAUGGAUGAUCGAUAUAGCUCUCUCCUUCAUGUGCACUAAAUUUUCACUAACAUUAACACGAUUUUAGACUCCAAGUAAAUUAAUUGCAACUACAAUUGAGAUAGCAUGAUUUUCAAUCCUACUUAUUAACAUUUAUAUAAAAAAAUAAUAAUAAUAAUAAUAAUAAGCAUAAGCAAUCUUCUUUUUUUCCUUCACAUUUCACCCAGUUGAGAUCGACUACUCUCAUCCUAAACUUCCACUUGACCCGAUUCCCCGCUUAGCGUACGUCGUCUCUCCUUAUAUCAUUUUCAAUCGCACCAACCACCUUGUUUUGGGCCUUCCAUUUUCUUCCUAUACUUAUUUUUAUUAAAAUUUUGAGUGCUUCAGAUUUCUUUCUACUCAUGAUAUGCCGAACCACCUCAGUCUAUUUUCCCUAAUAUUAUUGAGGCUACACCUAAGCUUCCUCUUAUGUAAUCAUUCUCAAUCCUAUCUUCUCUCGUCAAUCCACUUAUCCAUCUGAACAUUAUAAUCUCUGCUACACUCAUUCGCUGUUAUAUUUUUCUAUCUACCAUCCAAUACUCCGAACUAUAAAACAUAGUUGAUCUCACACUUUUGUAGAACUUACCUUUAUUUAGUCCCAUUGGAAUUCUUUUGUCACAUAAAAUCACAUUAUAUUAACUUUAUAUAACAACACUUAAUCUUAUGUUUCACAUCCUCGUUAAAUUACUGUAUUUGUAUACAAAAUAUCCUAGGUAGUUAAAACUUUUAAGUUCACCUAUUACGUCACCACUUAUUGUUAUUAUAGCUGUCUUAUUCUGUUUCUGUAAACUCAUACUCUAAAUACUCUGUUUUAUAUCUAAUUAUCUUGAGUCUCUUACAUUUAAGUGUAACUCUCCAUUUCUCAAGGUUAUAACUAAUUUGAUCCAAAUUUUUUCCUAUCAAAGCUAUCAAUAUUAUCUGCACACAGCAUUUAUCAUAGUACCUAAUUUCAUCUGUUGACACCGCGUACAUCCGAGGUAGGACAAUUAAAUCAAGUUUGUUUAUAACUUCUCAUAUUUUUUAACAUAAGAGUUAGGGAGUAUAGGAGUCUAUAUUUCACGCGCAUUUAAGAAAACGAACGUACGUGUUUUUAUGGAAACGGUGGGUGUUAUUAAAAUACACAUGUACACGUGUAUUUAAAGUCCGUGUACCUCUGUACACAUGUAUUGCAAAGUUCGUGUACCCAAGUAGAUAUUCAGUAUAAUACGCGAACACCAUAUAUUAAAAUAAAAUAUAAACCAAUUUUUAUUAUAAAAUAUAAUAAUAAUGAGAAUUUUCACUGUAUUGUAAAGUAAAUUUUUCUAUCAGAUAGAAUUUUAAAUAAAAUGUUAUAAUACUACUGGACUUUAAACACACGUUUAAUUAAAAAUUUGGGUAUUCAUAUUCAAACAUUUUAUUAUUUAAGGCACGAUUAUUUUCAAAUACUAUAGCUAAAAUAUAUUGAUGUAGAAAAUUAAUUAUGUGUAUAUUUUAUAAUAUAUUAUAUUAUAUUAUAUAAAAUUAAUUCUAAUUGAAAUGUCUGCGAAUUGUACAAUGAUAAUACCCAAACUAAUUUGCAUGUAUGUAAUUGUUCAAAAUAAAUAUUUGAACUAAGUAAAAAAAAAAUAGAUUCAUAGUAAUAGAUAACUUGUAUUACUUAAUUUUAUAACCAAAAAAUGUAUUCAUUGUGAACUUAUAAAAAAACUAAAAAAAAACACUGAUGUAAUACAUUAGAAAAACCAGAAGUUUUAACAUUUUGAUCGACACGCCAUGAUAAUUUAAAAUGUCCAUUACGGAGAUUAAAACAUAAUUUCGGUGUUAUAAAAUUACAUACAGACGAUUUAAUUUUUCAAUUACAAAUUUUAAGGUAUACAUUAUUAUCUCGAAGGUCUAUAUAUUCAAUGAUUUUACUAGAUUUGUUCGAAUAAAACCUUUUACGCCUGACUAUAGACCGUUUGGGGAAAAAAUUAUUUAAUCACGAAUCUUAACAACCUAUUCCGUAGUUUGUUUUUAAUGUUUUUAUUUCUUUACUAAAACAUUGCAAACACAAUUAAAUAUUUUACUCAGCUAGGAUCGUUUCGCCAAUGCGGUAAUUUAGAAUUUACAAAAAAAAUACAAAUUAAAUACAAUAUUCUAAUUUAUUAUUCUGCCUGGGGGACAUGUAGGGAUAUAAUACUAUCGGGUUCAAAUAAUUUUCUAUGGUAGAUACUUACUAAAAUUUAUUAUUUUACUUACAUCAUUUUUAAUAAUAGUGUUCCCGACAUAAUAUAUCGACUGAUUUUUUCUAUAUUUAAAUAAAUUAUACUUAUAAUAUGCAUAUAUCUAUCAGACAAUUUGACGGGGGAAAUAUUAUCUAGCUAAACGUGUCUGAAUAGUAUACAAUAGAUUCAUGUUCAAAGAAAAUUGAUGAUUCACUUUGCUCCGUGCUCCCAAAAUAGAUACCUACAUAGAUACCUUUUAAAAGAAUUUCGAAACGAAAAUAAUAUUAUGCGCGUUUGAACAUUUUUCUUUGUGGUAUUUUAGUAUUUGCUACGCACGUUCAUAAAAUAUACGUUCUUUUUUUUCUUUUUUAAAUAUUUCAUAUAUUAUGUAAACAAAUGUUUAUGUAUAAUGUAUACAUUGUUGUGAAAUAUAUGUGCGAUGUUGGCAUAAAUAAAAAAAACCCGGAUAACACGGGUAGGACACUAUUAUAGGUGGGAAGUUUGAAAGGUAUAAUAUAAUAUAUACAGUCAUAUGCUCAUAUAGGAUAUACAAUGUUAUUUAAUUUAUAUACUGAAAACAACGAUAAAUCAUUGUAAUAAAAAACGAUUCUGACCAUACUUCGAUAAACUAAUGUUUGUUUGAUUUUUUUUUUCACUAAUUGCCAAGGUAACCUAGAAAUCAACAUAAUUAAACCGCGAUAUAUUUUUUGUUUGUUAUCAGUUUUAGAAUUUAUUCAGAAGAGUAUUAGACAUUUCGAAAAAUAUUUCAAAUUAAAUACUAUCUUAAAUAUACUAUACUAUAAUCAUAUUUUAUAGUAUAGCGUGGACAAAUUGUAUUACUUUAACCAACUGGACAACUUUUUUCCGACAAAAAAAAACACUUCUUAAAAAAAAUCGUUCUUUCGCUACGUCAGAAUCUAGAAUUUUUAAAAUUUUUAAAAAUACUAACUCGAAAUUACUAUACUUACCUGUUUAAUUUUAAUGGAUACAUAACUAUGAAAAACAGAUGUUUUAUUAUUUUUUCAAAUAAUGUUUAAUAAUACUAUAAUAGUGGUUAAUUGUAAUGUGUGUUAAAGGAAAAUUUUUACAAUUACAAAAUUAAUUUAAGCUGUAUUUUAAAUUCUCUUAAACAAAUAAUAUUAACCAAGUAUUUUAUUUACUUACACAUAUGGUACGGUUUAAACUGCAUGUAUAAUAUUGCAGUUUUUACGUGGAAUAUGUAAAGUACAUAAAAUUAAAGUUUUUACUUGUACAAAUAUCGUUUUGUUAGGUACUCCACAAAACUUUUUCAAACGCUUUUAAAAUAACAACUUAUAAUAAUAUGUAACUAUAUCGGUUCGCAAUGGUAGAAUUUGCAUUCUCGUCACAAGUAUUACCUAUACAAAAAUCAAAAAUAUUUUUUUUUUUCAACUACUCCCUAGAAUAUCGGUUUUUAUUUUAGUAUUACACGGAUUAACUCUCAUAUAUUAAAAUACAUGCUUUAUUUUAAUUAUUAUUAUCUAGUUUUUUCUUCUCUUUAUUUGGCAUACUGAAGAAAUUUAAGAGGUUCAUCGCCGCAAUUUGUCCGUACAUCGGACAAAAAAUACGUACACAAUAUGAAAUAUAAUAGGUAAUAUAUGAAUAUAAUAAGAUCCAUAAUUUUCCAUACAUUUUUUUUUUUUGUCUGUUAUUAUUAUCCAAUAAGACAGUAUGAGAUCUAAGAGUUUAUCACAUUAAGAGGUUUACCAGCAAAAAACAUAAACUAACGUCCAUUGAUAUUAACUAUAUAAACUUACACAAUAUCACAUAUUGAUAUUAUAAAAACGAGAAUAAUGAAGAAGUAUAAAAUAUUGGAAUUUUUAGUAUACGAUUCAUAAAUAUUAAUGAUAUCAUCUAUAAUAUAGUGAAAUAAUAAAGUAAAAACAAAUUAUUAAAAUGGUUAAUACUCUUGAAUAAAUAUAUAAAUAAAAAAUAUAUAUAUAUAAAAAUAAAAUAAAUAAAUGGAUCAAUGCGUCGCCUGAAGUAUUAUGAUUAGUUAUUAUACGACUGAUUUCUAAUUAAAAAAUUAUCAUCAGGUAUAUGACAGUCAAAAUGUAAAACGCAAUAAUAUAGAUAUCUGUGCUUCGUGUUAAUACUGAUUUCUUUGGUUAUUAGUUCUUAUAACAUUUUUUGACAAGUAUUUUCAAAAAAAAAGAUAAACAUGCAACAUAAAAUUACACAUUUUGUUUUAUCUUAACAUUAAACAAAUUGAUUACCUUAUGUUGGUUUUUUAAUGGCUACGCAAAACAAAUAUACAAAUAGAAUAUAACAAAUUGUCUACCCUAUAUUGAUUAGCCCUACAAAUACCUCUUAAUGGAGGGCGUAAUACAAGGGAUAUGCGGGUUCAUCAAGCUCUAAUACUCUGCUCAGAGUACUCCCUGUGAGGAAAAUUCAUUGUAACAUUUAUAAAGAAUUUCAUAAAAAAAAAAAAAAUUAUUUAUUUAAAGCGGAUAUUUGCUUCAUAUUAUUAUUAAGGGUUAGCCACUAAUGCUGAUUGUGACACGAGAACAUAAGCCAGUAUUUUAUAAUUAUUAUAUAUUAAUUAUUAAAAAAUUAAAAACCAUGAUAAAUCAUAUUGAUUAUUUAAAAUGCAUUCGGCAGUGAAGAUGUUAAAAUGUUAAUUGUGGCUUGUACAACAUUAUUUUUAGUUUUUCACUGAGUUUAUAAUGUAUGUAAUACCAAUAUUUUUGGUAAACCGUCUAUAUUGAAACUUAUAACGUUCAUAAAUCAUUUCAUUUGUUUAUAAUAUUUUGCCACUUUUUUUUUUUUAAAAUUGUUGAACAGAUGCUUUUCGUAAAAAAAAAUAAUAAUAAAUAAUCAUUGUAAAAAAAAUUGUUGGCUUGAAAUCUAAAAGCUGCAGGGGAAAAAUAGAUUUAACAUUUUUAGUACCUAUAGUAAGCGAUUGGGCAUAUGCUAUUUAGGUUUUAUUUUAUACACACGAAUAACAAUGAGGGUAAAAACCGAGGAGAACCGAAUACGAGAAUAUAUUACUUGACCGCCGUGUAUUAUAAUCCGGUCGAUUUCGUAAAAACCAUACGGACGAGGAUAGCUGAUAUUGACGAAUAUAUAGUAUUUAUUAGCCAUUAAACGAAAGAUGGAAAAGACAAGUUUUAUAGUUGGGCAUAAUAUAUAUAUAUAGAGAUAAACGUGUAUUCGGCGGUUAAUAUUGCUUAUGCGUAAAUACCGCGGUAUGUCCCCAGAAAAUAAAAUACAUUUAGUAAAAUAUAUAGUUAUACUUUAAUAAUAUUAAAUUUCUGGUGAAUUUAAUUUCAAUUGUUUAUUAUGAUAAAGAAUUCAAAAUCAGCCGGUAAAACGAUAUGAAAAAUUAGUUACAUUGCUGCAGCUAAUAAGAACGUCCAUUAGCUAUAGAAACAUUUUAAUUUGUUUAAGUAACUUUCCUAAUCAAUAAUAUUCUUUAAAAAAAACUACAACACAAUGGUUAUGAAAAUGUUCUCUUAUUUAAAUUAUAUUAUUUAUGUUUAAACUUGAAUUUCAACUAGAACACCACAAUUCUUCAGUAAUUCACGUGUUCUUCGUAAUGUUAUUUUGUUAUGUUACUUGAGUAAGACGAGAAAUUAAUAUGCGGGUAUGGCGUCUUAAAAAAAUAAGUGAUAUAAUGUUAAUGAAUACUAUGGAAAAAAAAACAAAAACUAUACCUGUGAACAGGAAACCUCCGGCAUUAGGGUAAAAUUUCCUCCCACUUUUUUGUAUCAUAGAAAUAUUCUUAACAAAGCAAGAAAUAACCGAAAUUUUAAAUAUAUAAGAAGAAAUCUUGCACUAUCGAAUGAUAAUCGGUAGUUACUAUGUUAAAUGCUAAUAUAAACCCGCUUUUUUUAUUUCCUUAAAGUAUUGUUGAUGUUUUGUUUUGGUUUUUUUUUGUUGUUAUUUCUUUCUGUUGAAAUUAAUCAAAUUGUAAAUAUAAUGUAUUUUGUAUCUAAAUUAUAAAAAGGGAAAUUCCCGUUAAAAUAUAUGUAAAAAUAAAAAAUUCACUGUAAUUAAACUGCGAGGGUGUUGGUUACUAUUAUUGUUUGAUCACAUGACUAAUACUAGUGAUACUCGUAUAUUAUUAUAUUUUACAGACACGGGACACUAUUUAUAGACGUUUUUUUCGAAACCCACUAAAUUUACUGAACUAUCGAUGUACUAUUAUAUUAUCGUAUAAACAAUGUAUCCGUGAUAGUUACAAUCGCGGUAGUAACUAUCAUCAUACGCACCAGGCUUAAGAAUGUCAUUAUACUUCUCUUCCGUACAAAAUCCAUAAUGGAAAUCAAUCGUUUUUACCAGAGCACAUGAUAUUUUUAAAUAUAUACGACCACAACAAUUCACGACAAUAACACUUUGUCUUCAUUUCGUACCGGGUUAGUUUUGUUUAUCCGGUAAAUGAUGUGCUGGUUUGGAGAAUGUCCCUGUUUUCCUUGUAUAUGUAUCCAAAUAACCCUUUAUUAAAUCUCGAAAAUAUAUUUCAUUUCGAAGUAAUAUAGUUAUUUAUAGUACCUAGUUGAUAUAAAAUAAACGUGAAAGUAAUUUCAAUAAUUUUUAAUUAACAUUUGUUAUUUGUAAAAUAAUACAUUCCAGCAGAAUGUAUACUUAUUAAUUAGAUUUAAGAAUAGUAUUCAACAUUUACAUUAAUUAUUGUUACGCAAAAGUAAUUGAUAAAAUAGCAAUGCACGUUUUGUCGGUAAAACGUUUUCGUUACUCGUUUUAUACGCAAAAUCGCCUCUAGUCAAAUUACAAAUUAAUGAAAUCUUCAAUUUAAAUGUAGGAUAUCAACGAACUGUUUAACCAAGCGCCACGCGAAAUCGCUUUUCGAUCGGAAUGAUUUAUUGUUACAUUCAGAAUUUAAACUAAAUUACCUUAUAUAUAAUUUUUCCAUACGACAUUUUUUUUUUCUUGUUUGCAAUAUUUAUUUCCUUUGCACGUAUCAAAAUAUAGUAUAUACUGAAUUGUAUAUCACUCCGCUUAGAAGACCAAGAGGAGAUUGGAAUUUUAUCUUUAAUCCGAUAAAAACGAUGAACCACGCAACGACCACUAUUUAAUCAAAAUAUAUAAUAUAAAAAAUAUUCGACGAUUGAACGCGUAUAUAUUGUAUUUGCAUAAAAUAUUUUUAUCCUUCCCCCUCUUUCUUUCUAUAGCUAAGUUUCUAUAUAUUUGAAUAUACUCACGGACUUUUUAAAUAAGGAAAUAGAAUUUAAACGACAUAAAUUAAGGAUAAACAAGAAUGAAUUUAGAAUCCCAGACGCAUAUAAAUCUUUAAUGAUAAAUCCCUUUUUUGCCUGAUUUAGUAAGAGUAACAGUAUUUUUCUUUAUUUAUCGGUUUCAUCGGGUUCUAGUCUGUGCUUUAAUAAAUCUUAUUCAUUCAUUAAAACAUUGGUAUACCGUAUGAUCUAUCGAUUCAGUAUACUAUGUACAAAUUCGUCGAUCCGUCAACUAAAUAUCAUGUACCGAGGCUACAGUAACGUCUACAUAUUAAGCAUAGAUUUUUCCUGAUUCACGUCGUCGUCAGUCGAUAUUAUAUAGUACAAUAUGUCCUAUUAUCUCGUGUCCUGAUCUUAAGUCAAUGACUCGCUUCGCAUCUGUCGAUUACACAUAACGUUAAAAUGCUGCAUUGGCGGUGAAAAACGUGAAAUAUUUACACACGCGUUCCUUCAAAAACGUCUUCCGAAAUAUGUCCACUGUAUUGCAAGUGUUCAAGUGAAACAGCGGCUGCGGUUAUCGACAGUGAAAAUAAUAAAAAUCGUCAAAUCAGUUUCGACAGGAUACUUAAACUUCCGGCAACGCGACGAGUACCGUGUUUGAGUACCGCGUAAGAUAAAAUGUAACGCGUAGUUAUAAGAAAAGUUACUUUACCAUUGCCGCGUCGAUGACUCGAUGUAUCAUAUUUUAUACGAUCGGCGCAUACGUCAAAAUCGGAUUUAUAAUAAUAUUAUUACCGAACGACGGAAAUAAAUUUUCGUGGUAAUAAUGAUAAUAUAUUAUACGCGCGACGACGACGACACACCGUUGAAUCCGUUAUCGGUCCGUAUAAUGAGGGUGAGAACGUUCGAGCGAAAACAAUUUUUUUUUUUUGUAAAUCCUAUAUAAUAUAUUAUAUUAAUCUCGGACGAUCGAUACACAUUUUAAACGGUCGAGAUUUUUUAUGUUCUCUGCCCCCUCCUUCACCCAUUCGUAUACAUAUAUAUAUAUAUAUAUAUAUAAGUGUAUAUACACGGCACAUGUAUAGGUAUGCGUAUACGAGUGACAGUUUUACAAAUGUGUCCAAUUAACGUCGUAAAAAGCCAAUAAUAAUAUAACUGAGCGACGAUAUCGGAACCGAGAACCGUGGAAUAUAUACAUAAUAUAAUAUUAUAUUAUUUAUACCAUAUGUUGGUCGCUAACUUUGGACAAAUCGUGGAAAAAAAUUAUAAUAAUGCGUAAACAUUUAAAAAAAUAUAAUUUAUAAAAAAUUCAAUUUUGUGGUUCAGCAAUAGGGCGGCGUGUUUCGCGGUCGAUGAGCAAAAAAAAUCUCGCAAACCCAUUAAACUCGUACAGCAGGGUCUAAAAUAGUUUCUCAUAACCUUUUAACUAAGGUGUACAGUAAAAAAUGCAAAAUGUAGAAAUUGUAUUAUAAAUUUAUUUUUGUUUUAUAAAAGAUCUUCAAAGGAACAGUGCUCUAAGGUAAAGUGUCGUUUUGAUACGGCGGAUCAAUUGGAUCAAAUUUUCCCCGCUAAAUCAAAUUUUCAUACUGAUGCCAUUUUACGGGGGGACAUUUUAAACCGUUUUGUAAAGAAAUUUAAUUUUCUAACCAGUUCAAUAAGUCCCAACCGGAUAAAAUUGUCACCGUGAACAUUGCGAACCGUGGAAAUGAAGCGGACCAAUAUAUUCCCCCUCAAAAAAAAAAUCGUAUAAAAAUGUCCCUGGAGACAAUGCGAUCGGGUUAGAAAAUGUAAUUAUUUUGCCAAAUGGAUCAAAAUGUUUCGUUACCGUGCCCUAGGGUGUCGAAAAUGUAAAUACUCUGACAACCAUCCUGCAGAUACAUACAANUGGAUCAAAAUGUUUCGUUACCGUGCCCUAGGGUGUCGAAAAUAUAAAUACUCUGACAACCAUCCUGCAGAUACAUACAAGUGAGAUCACCAUAAUUAUAUAAUUAUUAUACAGUAGGUUCGCAUGAUUGCGACGAUGGUCGCAAUCGGAAUUCGACAAGAAUCCGCGCUAUUACUAUACACACAUAUCUACAGGGUGAACUACGUAACAUAAGUUAUUCAUUAGUCUCAGAAAAUAUUAAUUUUGUUCGAAAUUUGGUUUUUUAGAGUAUUUAAGAAAAACAUGCAGCUUUAAAAUAUUACAUAACCGUUAUUUUUUGUUACCCCUAUUUUUGGGAGUGAAACCCACUUUUGAUUUUCAAAUAGUAACCUAUUUUGAAAAUUCCCUAAAUAAAUGCAAUUUUAGAUAAAAUACAUUUAGUGUUGAAAUUCUCGAUUGUUAACGAUUUGUUUCACUUUUAUGUUUUUCGGUUGUGUAUAAGAGAAGAGUAAUGGAGCACCAUUCAAAUGCCUACUCGUACCGUACCCCGCCACACAAAUGGGAUUUACCACUACUUUCCUCCUUGCGAAACUUAAAAAUGGCAUGUCUCGUAAAAUUAAAAACAAAAAUUAAAACACUCAACGUAAACAUUUAUUAAAACGAAAACUUCGUAUUGUAUUUAUGGAAUUUUCAAAACAAUUUGCUAUCCGAAAAUCAAAAGUGGUUUUACCCUGUAAUAUUUAAUGAUGGUGACGAAAAUUAACGAAAACGGGAGAACUACUACUGUAACACUUGUUUCUUAAAUGUUUCCAAAAAAAAAAAAAAAAAAUUUAAAAUUAACACUUUCCGAGAUAACGCGCGGAUGCCCAACGUGUCGUGUUAAUCGCUCUGUACGAUCUUUAAAUCGGCAUUAUUAUCGUUAUUACUAUGCAAUAUUAUGCAUGCGACAUGAGUGGAAUUCGAGAGGGAAACGCGUGCCUUUGGCGAACGCGGUCGUAAAUCGCGUUACGCAACGCUACAUAAUAAUAACCGCGUACAUAAUCGUAAUUGUUAUAAUACCGUUUAGGUAUACAGGUACGAUUACGCGGCCGUUACAGGACCUUAAACGCUAAAGGCCGCCGUCGUCGAAACCGAAACUAUAUCGAGUUUGACCGAGCGCGACUACUCGCAACGCGACCGGCUAUAAUACGCAAAACCCGUGUCCGGUCGUCCGUAAUCCUGUAUAGUAACGAUAUUGUUAUUACCGCCGAACAGGUACACAACAACCGUCGGGUAUUCGGCGGCGGCUCGCUUCGUUAGUCACCUAUAAAUAAUAAUAAUAAUAUUCUCGCGGGUACUUUAUAAUAAUAUAACGUAUACACGGGAUUCUAAUUAAAACUAUACACACACUUUAAUCGUCACUCGAUCGCGAUCCGAUUGACCCACCCCCUUUCCUAUUUUCACUCCCCUCCCCUACCCGUCCAUCGUUCCAAACCCCCUCCCCCUCCGCGUACCGACUCAGGACGUGAUUGUUAAUAACACGCCGCUUAUAGUAAUAAUAUAAUGUAUUGAUUGAUGCCCCGAAACAUUUUCAUCGGGUUCGCCCCGCCGCCGCCUCGGCCAUAUUAUUCUCGUUUCGCUAUUAUUUUAAUAUAUUACAUUUUAUCCCGUAUACCUGCAGCGUAUUGCAGUAUAUUAUAUAGUCAAACGCAAACUUUGUUGUGUAAAAUAUCGUUGUGCGCGGCGUGCGAUUAAAAAAAAAAAAAAAAACUGUUACGCCGCCGCCCGUUCGCAUGCAGACUCCGUGUAUAUAUAUAUAUAUGUAGAGACGUAUUUUAUAAUACUAAAAUAUUAUUAUGUUUCUUUCCACUCGGGAUGGAUCCCGUGGAUUUUUAUUAUUAUUAUUUUGUACAUAUAUAAGUAUCUGUCGAAACGAAAAAUAUUAUACACCGCGUAGUUGUUCUUUUUCGGUAAAUAGACAAAUGUUCACGGGAUUAGUGUAUUCUACGUACUAUUAUAUUAUAUUAUGCAGCUGCUAAUCCGUAAAUAUAAGAUAAUAUAUGUAUUAUUAUUUCUGUUAAUAAUAUUGUCGCAAAGUCGUAACACGAACGGCACACUUGCGAUUUUACCAACGACUAUAAAUGUGUAACUUACGUGUAUAGUAAUAAUACAAUAGUGAUAGCACUCCAUUAAUCGGUUAAAUGUCUCUCGUCUCGUGAAUAUAAUAAUUACUAAUUAGAGUUUAUGACUUAUCGCACAUAUAAUUCACAAAAAUGCACUUAAAAACAUCAAAAAAACCUUGAAAAAAAGCACUUCAGGCAAAUAUUAUUAGACAAAAUGGUUAAAGGGGUCGCCUGUCUGAUCACUUAAGUUAUUAAAUAUAAUUUUCUAACACGACACAAAUAAUUAACAAAAAGUUAAGUUAUUUUGUUUGAUUACAACUUUACGUAUUGUAUAAAAAAUAAAUUUAGGCUAAUAAUUUAUAUAGCAUUAGAAAAUUCUAUUUAAUAAGUUAAAGCCAUCAGAGGGACUUUUAAAUCCUUCUACAGUUUUUUUUUUUUAAUAUUUUUUAAGUGCUUUUUUCAUAACUUUUUUGACGCUUUUAGCGAUUCUUCGUACAUUUUAAGCGCAAUUAGUUUCGAACCUUUGUAUUAAUUAUCUGUAUAUUCACCGUGAGUAAUGCACUCGGUCGUUCCUUUUUACGGUCGUGUCUAUCGUAAUUUCUAGUAUUUUUACAUAAUUUUUUUACGGUAAUCAUUAAGAUACGUAUGUCGUGCAAUAGGGUAUAAUAACGAUGUUAUCGAUUUAUCAGCGUUUAAAUCAAUGUUAAAAUCAUGUUUAGAAAAUUUAAUUAUUUAUAUUGUAAGAUAGUAAGACCAAACAGGUUUUUUUAUUUACCGUAAUAUGCAAUGCCAAUGUUUUAGGAGUGAUUCCAGGAAUCAAUAAAACUUAUACAAAAUAUCAGUCGAACACAUUUUGAAAUUUUUACGGUUUUUAGGCUUCCCUAAGAAUCUAAAAAAAACAUAAAUAUUUUAUCUGCCAUGAAAUAAAAAACACAUAAUAUACACAUAAUACGUUUGCUUUUAUAUAUAUAUGUGUGUGUGACAUGUAAAACGGCUGUCAUUCUUGGUCUAUUUAUUAUCUUAUGUCUAUGCGGUAUCCCGUUAGAAUUUCGAUUUGAGUACAAUAUAUGUUACGUUAUUUAUACGUUUUACGCGCAUAAUGUUAUUAUAUUCGUGACCGGAUGGUAGGCAAAAGACCGAGAAGCUUAUAUAGUAUCAUGUUGUCGAUGUUAUGGUCGAAAUACGAUGUUUACAACGUCAUCAGUACGUAUUUAUGCGUAGGUGGUAUAAAAAGUCGUAUUCGAACUAAAAAAAAAAAAAAACGUUUCGCCGAAUUCGUUUAAGUAGAUUCGUAUAUAUUUAAGGUACAGCAUUAACAAUAAUACUGUUAUAUAGCUGCUGGUAUAGUUACACAAUUAUUUAGUUAUUUUUUUACCGUUUCAAAAUAAUAAUAAAUAAAUAAUAUUAUAAAAAAAAAAAAUAGGUAACACAAUAAAAAUAAAUAAUCGCGUUAGUAUGGAUCUUAGUUUAUCUUCACUCAACAGUUCACAAUAAUGAUCAGAAAAUAAUAUUGGCACGAAAAUGAAAAACACCUACGAAAUUGCAUUGAAAACAAGAUGCAAACAUCUUGAUCACAGGCAAUUGAUCACUAUCACUUGCCGGUUUCAAGAACUAACUUUAGAACUUCAUCAAAAUAGUCCUAAAUUGAAAUGCCAAAUCACGUAAAAAUUAUCACAGGGUAAUGUCGUAACAAAUUAUUACAAAACUGUUUUCAUAAAAUAUUAGGUCGGUAACGAAUUCAGCGCCGUCAUUUUCCGUAUUCGGUUCUCAUCGUUUUUUUCUGAAAACUAACUUUUCACGUUGUUGUAAUGUUCUUUUCGACGGUGGAAGGUUUUCAACAGUUUUUGAAAUACAACACGCAAAUAGUAACCGCAGAUAACGGUACAUCUACCUAUAAUAAAAAAAAAAAACCGUAAAACCGCUUCCGCUGCUGCCGCACCGACAAUAAAAACUCGGACAAUAACCACGCCAAAAUCGUUUGGCCGGCAAUAGCGGAAAGUCGCUCUCGACUAGAACGGAAAAGAGGUAAUCCGGACGAUCGUGUAGUAAAACAUUAAGUACCUAACCCAAAAACUUCUGAUAAUUGCUCGUCGAAUAGAUAGGUACGACUCUAAUAAUAAUCGUAUCGAUUCAACAAAACUCUGCUCGGAUGCGAUCGUGUCCGCCAAGAUUCGCACCGAUGGGGCCAAACAAAAUUAAUCGUUAUUUAUCCUCAACAGUGAUUAUUUUAUUUUUUUUACGUGCUCGUCAGCAAUGUUAAUAUAUUGUAACUUCUUACGCUGAAACUGAAAAAAAAACCAUAAACAUUUUUUUUUAUUAUUAUUAUUACUCUUCGUUUAACACAUGCUGUUAGAAAAUUACGACAAAUGUUCCCGAGGCUAUAAUACACUUUAUAUACUUAAACCGCACACAACUUCAAUUAUUAUUACUCCCCAGUGAUCAGUUUGUGCUAUCUCAAUCGAACGGUUCUUUUUUUUUAUGGUAGGUGAUUGAAGUAGGUCGUUAGGUCGACAAUAUUUGAGAUCCGUACAAUUUUUAAUAUUAACCGUACAAAUUUUAAUUUUUAAAUGCAUAAACCUACUAAAAAUAAAUGUUACAACAAACAAUAUUCAAAUACGGUUUGUAUUAUUUUUCUUUUUUUUUCUUGUAUUACUAGUGGUACUGUAAAACGGUCAAUAUCUUUAAAGCAUCAUACGCAGAAAUAAACAUUAGUUUUUUGUUUAAUGACAAAUUAAAUGUCUUUUUAAUUAAAUUUGAUCCAUACUAUGGUAGUUACCAUCGUAACCAUCGCAGAGCCAAUGACCAUACCAUGAUACAAUACAGUGAUAGUAAAAGACACGAUACCAGAAGGAAUUUCCAUAACAAUGUCUGUGAAACUGUGACACGACAGUAAUAUGAAAAAAUACAAUACGUUUUCACAUCACGAAAGUAGUUAGUAUCACUCUCUCGAUAGUAAAAACCAAAUUUAAAGCAUGUAGUGAGGGUUAAUCAAAAAGUAUCGAGACUGAUAUACUACUAGACUGAAUAUUACUCAGAAAUCGAGCGUUGAAGAGCAAAACGAUUUGUAAACCUAGCUUCUAUGACUUAUACUGAGCAUAUGUAUUCAAAUAAAAUCUCUUUAAACUUCUUCGUUUUGAUUUGUCGAUAUUUUUCUAAAAUUUGUUUUUCACGUUUGGUGAUUUCGUAAUGAAUCCAAAAGAAGCGGAACUUACUGCCACUCGAGAGCACAUUUUCAGUUUUUCAAUUGACAUUUAAUGGCAAAAACCAUGAAAUGUUGUAUCCCUCUGAAACUGGAAAAAAAUGCAGACAAAUUUUCUAAAAUCUCCAAAUCUGUCAAGUUACUCUUCUUUUGGGUUUAUUAUAAAAUCGCCAAACUCGAAUAAUAUAUUUUAUAAAAAUAUCAGUGAAAUCAAACCGAAGAAUUUUAUAUAUAAGCAAUAAAAACAAAUGUACUCAGAAAAAUUCAUAGAAGCAAGUGAUACCAAUCCUACUGCUCUUCGAUGCUCCUUUUCCGAAUGAUACUACCAGUCUUGAUACUUUUUGAUUAGCCCUCGUAUAUGAUGAUAUGAUAUUCACACGACCAUAUACAGACAGUAAACAAUAGAGUCUCGGUAGUCCGGCAGAUAUCAGACCAAAGAACUACCGAGUUAAGGAAAACGCUGGAUUAAUGGAGUUCCGCAUAGAAAAUAAAUAUAAAUAAUACAUAUAUAAUGGUUUACUCUAAUACAAUACAACAACUAACCAGUACACAAUAGACACGCUUAACACGUCAACGUUAACUGAAUAAUAAAAAUGACUUACCUAAUCGGUUCAUUCGGACUUAAUUAGUUAGUUUUAUCGUUUAGAUAGUAAUUUUAUAAUUUUUAUUACGGAAAAAUAGCCGGGUUACUGAACGUGCCAGAUUAUCGCACUGACGGAUUAUCGAAAAUGUAUGGCCGUAUGGUAUAUUAUGGUUGUGAAUUCCAACGCUACUUCCUGCAGGGCACGAGUCUAAGAUAAUUAUUUCUAAUAUCCGAAAAUAUAUUAGAGCCAAUAAUUAUUUGAGUUUAAUAAUAAUGUAUAUGUCACGUUGAUUGUGUACUAUAUUAUUAUAUAAAAACUAUAAGAUAUGUCUGAGUUUAUACUCACUCGCAGUAGUAAUUGAUAAAUAUUAUAUUAACAAUUUCAAUCAUACGUUAAAGUUGUAUAAAACGUCCUUCCUUUUUUUCCUUUAAUUAGUCGCACAAGAUGGACAUAUUACAGUUAACUUCAUACAAACGAAAAAAGCAACGAUUUAUUCUCCAAAUUAUCACGUUAUACUUGUUGUUUAAUUUAAUGUUGAAAAAAAAAAUCUACCCUACACUAAUCUGCUUAGUUUACUGCAAUUUAAACGUUUAAUACGUUUUAUAUAUUAAAUAAAAAAAUAAGCAAUUAAAAACUUUUACCGUUAACUUUAUUCGGUAUUGUUUACCUGGGUUUUAUUUUUUCUGAUUAUAUAUUAUGGUAAUAAUAUCGUUUAAAAAACAUUUGUGCAAGUAUAGUUAAAAAAAAAAAAAAAAAAUAGUAAUUUUAUAUCCAAGUUUUAAAAUCGUGAUUUAAUUUAUAGUUUACUCAAUUUAUCGAUUUUUUUUUUUUUUAACAUGCAAUUCACAUUAUUGUUUUAUCGUCUUUGUGUGUUUGCGAUUUAAUAAAAUUCCAAAAAAUUCAAUAGAAUUGUAUCAAAUAAUAAAAAAAAAAUAACGUGCGUUUAAAUAUAAUAAUAACAUUAUUGUUAUUAUUAUUAUUAUUAUUAUUAUUAUUUUUGUUUAAAGUUCAGUUUUAAUGAAAAACGAAAUAAAUAAAUAUUGCUUUUAAUAUGUAUAUUAUAUAUUAUUACUUUUUCCAACUACUUUCAAGUCAUAUAAAGUACCUAUACUUUUUAUUUCUACGUUUUAUAUUAACAAUAAUAAUAUUAUUUUAUUUAAAAUAAACUAUUCUAAAGCCUAUUUUAUCGUUACGGUUGCGAAAUUCACAACCGUUAUACUUAAAAUGGCCGCACGGACCAUGCUUUAGAUUUUAUAUAAACAUUUGACCGAAAACUAUACGAAACGACUGAAUAUCAUAUUAUUUUAUUAAAUAUAACUGAAACAACACAAACGUUCAGCAAACUAAAUUAUACUCGCUUGCUGUGAUUCGACGAUACGAUAAUAUAAUAUUACAAAUAUACAAUCGAAACAAUACGAUAGUAUUAUAUACACUAUGCGUGUACUAUAAAAUAUACAGUAUACACGCAUAACAAUAAACACGAUUCUAUAUCAUAUCAUAGUUGAAUUUAUUAUUUUUACUGGUAUUAUAUUUACUGUGUACUUGUAUUUUUCUCAUAUCUUUUAAGACAAAUUUUAUUUUUAUUUUGUAUUUUUCUUGUAAAUGUAUUAUACGUAGGUGUUCAGAAAAAACGUGUUAGUAGUACCACUCAAAUUAUAUACCAAUACUAUUUACACUUUACUCCUUUACAACAAAACUAAGAUAAUAUCGGUAAAGCUCACUUUUAUACUACUAAAGUUGAAGUUUUUUAUACAGACUUCUUUUUUUUCUAGCUUAAGUUGUUUGAAAUAAACGAGCUAUUAUGUGAUUUCUGUAACAAACACGCAACUGCUAUAGAAACUUAAAGAAAUGGAUUAAUAAAAAGUUAUUUAGGUUUAACAUAAGUAUAAAUAGACAGGCAAAUAUUGAUAUAAUCGUCAGAAAAGAAAAAAAAGAUGUCACGGAAAUGAAAUGGUAACAUUAAAUAUAUUUGUCAUUAUUGGACUUUGCGUGCCAGUAAUUGGAGCAAUGACGGGAAUAUAUUAGAGCUCUUUUCAAGGACUAUAGAGCCGAGAAACAAACCGAAUCAUUCACUCUUACACCCGUCUUCUAUGAUGUUCUUAAUAAUUCGCUAUUUUUUUCUAACAAUUUCGUCGUACAACAAUAAACAGGCAUCAGUCCGCUUUCUUAUAGGUCUAUGUACGUAGCGUACCACGUACGACGAAUAGAAUAUAGUUCUGAAAUAUCGCUAAUAUGUGUAUGUAAGGAGUGAAAGGCGAUUUGGACAGGGAAAAAAAAGUGAAAAGGAAAUCGGUGGCAGCGAUAAAACAGGGAUUAAAUUAUCGAAUAUCGACGAACUGUACGGCGAGCUGUAUAGGCAUUUCAGCUACACCGGUGCAAGCGAAUAUUCAAAUAAGUAUUUCGCGUUUUCGACCUUACAGCACACGGUGCUGUUUAGUCGUUCCUUUUAUAAUAUUAUUGUCGCGAUAAUAUUAUUCGCGUCGUUGGUAUAUAAAUAAAAACAGUAUUCCUACCGUCGUCGAUAUGUUUACGAUGGUGUCGAUUUCGAUGUCGGGGUGCCGGACGCGAAUAUUUACGUUUCCGCGCUAUCGUAUUGCGCUGUUAUCGGCGUUAUUGUUGAAUUAAAUAAACCGAUAACGCGAUAUUAUAGCGAGUGCCAUAAAGCAUACAAUAACAAUAAUAUUAAUAUAAUAGCCACUAUCGUUGUACGCGCUGUCAAUGCCAUAAUAUCUGAUAAGUUGAUUAUAUUAUAUUAUGGCGACCGGCCCGAUAAACAACGCGUACAAUAAUAUACGCGCAUGCGGUUUAACCGACGGUCGCGACUCGAAAUUAAAGACAGCCAGGGGAAAUUUUGAUACGGCGUUUCCCUGAAAAUUAGGUAUAAGAUGGCAAAAAAGAAAAUGUUUUAAAUAUUUUCAAUUAUUUGUGUAAUCUAUGUGUAAAUCUACUUGUAUCACUUAUACUUACUAUAAUAUAAUAUUUAUAUAAAUAUAUUGUGUGUGUGCAUAAAUAUCCUCUCCGUCGUGGUAUGAGUGUAUGUAUGAAUUAAUGCACGUACGUUCUGAGCUAUUUUUGGAAUUAGUGAUAAUGACGGACGACGCGGUCGCGAAACGAAUGAAACGAUCGACCGACAGUUUAUGUUCUGAUAGAUAGGUGAUAAAUAAAAGUCGAGGGGGGGGGAGAAUCACAGCGAUGAUAAUAUUGUAUGGAGUCCGUGAGACUAUAGACUCUGCCACCGGACGGCAUGUUGUUCUGUGUUCGUUGCGUACGAUUUGUUUAGUGCGUCAUAAACUUGCCGCGGUUUGUAUUAAAAAUUAAAAAUUUAGAAUUAAAGUAUUGUACAUAAAACGAAUUGGCAACGAUUUUCAAUAAUUCACGUAUAAUGAAAAAUUAAAAACCUGAGUUAAUCUAAGAUUAAACGACAUUGAAUAUAGUUACUAUUAUUUCAAGUAAAAGUAAACAAAAGUUAAGUAUCCCCGUAAAUUUCUUUCACGCACCGCUACUGAAGACGCGUGUUUUUUUGGGGGGAACCGUUAGCGGUGACGGCGUCGAAAAGUAUCGAACACGCCUACUAAAAUAUAAUAUAUUAUAACAACGAGCAUACAUACACAGGUGCAGUCGAACAUUUUUCGAUCGUCCCCGUCCCCGGGGCCACGGUCGGGUAUGGAGAACCGAUAUCGGAUAUGACGUGAUCGACGGCGGACGGGAAAGUGGCGGCGGCGGUACGGCGCGUUUGUCGAAAUAUGAUAUUUUAUACGUGUAUUAUAUAUUAUAAACGACGCCGUCGUUUGAUCUGUGUGCGCGUGCGCGUAUUUCAAUGUAUCGGUGUGUGUGUGCGUGUAUGUGUGUGUGUGGAUCGGUGGGUGGGUAGGUGCGUGGAAAAAAAACGGGAAAAAAGGAGAAUUCGGUUUAAACUGCUCGCGCACCCGAUGUUUAUCUUAAGGAGGUUUUUUCUUUCUUCUUCUCACGGGGGUUGUUUUUUUUUCGCUCUCCCGUACGAUGUCGUCUUUGCGAUACAUCAUCCGAGACACGUUGUAAUUUGACAAAAGCAGUAGAGAAGCCAUUUUAUAUAAUAGUGUAUAACGGAAUCGCGCGCGGCGGCCCGGUUUCUUUGCACUCCAGAGUAGUGUUUUAUUUCUGUCUCGACGACGACGCAUAAACGAUAAUAAUAAUAAUAAUAAUUCGUUUUUUGACUCUCGCGAGAGUCAAAAAUAUAAUACGUAUGAGGAUUUUUAGAUUCUGAGCGGACCGUGGAACUUAUUGGUUUAACAAUGAUGUUUUUUUUAUAACUAUUAUUAUUUUUGAAUUUUACUACUCAAUUUUAAAACUCUAAUCGCGUAUUACUUCGAAACCGCCAAUUUUUCGCAUAUAUGCUGUGAGUUGAUCAACGAUAAACGACGACGGCGACCAUUAACUCCGAAUUCCCUGUAUGGUUUGAGUUUCAAUGUAUUAUUCUCGGUUAUUAAUCGUAAUUAUUAUUAUACAGAGUGAUCAAUCUAUUGUAACACUCAUUUUAUCACGGAAAGUAUUGACUUUUGUCGGAAUUUGUUUUAUAGAACUUUUUAAAAAUAAGUAGCUCUACAAUUUUUCAUUUAUAUUUUUUACCUUUAUUUUUGGGGUAUACCACCUUAUUUUCGAAUAAGAGAAGAGUAGUGGUAUAUUAUUGAAACACCGCGAGAUGUACCACUACACAAAUGAUGCUCCACUCAAACUUAAAAAUGAAAUUUCUCGUUAAUGGAUUAAUGGAAAUCAAAAAUAUCGACACCAACAUUUAUUUUAACUAAUAGGUACCCCAUCUAUGUAUGGCAUUUUUAAUAUUUAUUGCCAUUUGAAAAUAAAAAGUAGGUAGUGGUUUUACCUCCAAAAUAAAGGCGACUAAAAAUAACGUAAAUGUAAAAUUGCUUGUUUCUUAAAUGUUUUAAAAACUAAUUCCGAAAAUAGUUAUUACUUUCCGAGAUUAAGGGUGAUCUACGAUAGAUUGAUCACCCUUGAGAAUAGAUAAAUAUUACGAUUUAAAAGUUUGCAAGAUCGAUAAUUAUAUAGCUUAUACUAGACUACAAUUAUAUAAUAAAACUCAAUAAUAUUUAAUAAUACGAGUAGUUUACCAGUCUCUACCCUCUACUGUAUAAAAUAUUGUUUUUUUUUUUUUUUUUUUUUAAAAAAAGGUGGUUAAAACUUUUGAACUUAACCAGUAAAAUAUUUUUAUCGUUUACUUAUUAACUUAACUAGUUUGUAUUUUAUAAACUUAAUUUUCUACAAUGCAUUUUUUUAAAUAUCCUGUUAAGUUGACGAAUUAAAUCGGAUAUUUUUUUUUUUUUUUUAUUCAAAAUGUAAUUUUAAUUGGCUAUUUAUCAAAACCAUAAUUUAGGCCAGACGCACGGCUAAACAUUGUAAUAGGAGCAGUCAGGUUAUUUCAGUGAAAGUGCAGUAAAGCAUGGCAGUUUUUUUUUCACUUCAUUGGUGUGCGCCCGGCUCUAUAGCAAUACUAUAGAUAAUACAAAGAUAAGGGGGACACCGUUGAAUAAUACUCUUGGAAAUCGCGUUAUUAUUAUAAUAUAAAAUAUAUUUUAAUUUUGUUCGGGAUAAUACUUUAAAUAAAAUGAUUAAAAUAUAUUUUAUAUAAAUUAUUAUAAUAACAAUAUAAUAUAUUAACGAUAAUAAUAUGCUGUUUGUUGUUUCUGCCUACAUAAUUAUUAGUUAUAAUAUUAUAUUAAUAGAAGAUUUAAACUGCAUAAAAUGUAUAAUUGUUUAAUCUCGUAUACUUAGUAAAAUUAUUACGUCCUAAAUAUCGAAUACUUUCUUACUCAUUGAAUAGGUACAUGUUGAUCUUGAAUUGUGAAAAAAUCAAUUUUUUUUAAACUGAAUUAUGUUAAUAUUGUUUCGCAUUUUAAUUCAACUAAUUAAUUUAAUCUUUUGCUUCGUUAGAUUAUUAACUUUGAACUGAAGGCAUUUUCGUAAACCUUUGAUUUUUGGUUGGACCGCCUGAAGUAGGUGUAAUGAUAAAUCGUAUUUUAUAGCUUAUUUUUUACUCAAAGAAACUAAACGUAUCCUUAUCAUAAUAUUAUAAAAAAUAAACCGUAUGUCAGUUAAACUCCGCAUCAUUACAGUGAAAUCCGUCCGAAAAGUAUAAUAUGACAUUAUAGUUGUACGAAAUUGAAAAAAAAAAAAGUGAAAACAGCUUAAUGCAGAUUUUUGUUUAAUUCUUUAUAAACAUAUUUUUAUACUUUAAUCUUUCUGUCAGAACCAUAAACAAUUUCAAUCUUAUUCAUAAUCCACGGUUGCUAGGUUUUUACUCUUUGUUCGUUUAAUCUCUUGUAAUUCUAUUAAAUAACCGUAAGUAUUUAUAUGUUUAGAAUCCGCAGUACAGGAUAAUAUAAUACAAUUUUUCGAAUAAUAAUAUUAUUCAAUAACUUAAGCGUAUACUUUUUAUGAUGAAUUUUUCGUAAAAUAUUAUUAAAUCCUAUUAUUAUUAUUAUUUUUUUUUUUAAUUUUUUUUGCCGAAUACCAAUUGAAAUAUUGAAUUUAAUACGAUGUUUUCCUUAAAAGGGACCACUCCGAGGCUAUAAAAAUAUCACAGUUUAUUUAUUUAAUAUUAUUAUUAUUACUAUUUAUCAGUUUAAUAUUGUGUUUAUGUUAUUCAGUUUUAUUAUAGUAUGCAUUAAAACUAACCUAUACUAUCAACACCUACAUGACGUAUAAUAUUUCGUACAAAAUUACCAUUGUUGAUCUGUUUUUUUUUUUAGAAAUAGAUUGUUAUUAUUACAAUAACAUAAGCGUAGUUAUGAGUGGCUUAAAGAAGCUAAGUUUCCCAGUACAAUAUUCCUUCUCCCCCAAGAAUUUUAGAACAUGCCUAUGUUUUUAUAAAAACAUAGGAUACUAAAUUGACAUGGCAUUAAAAAUUUUUAUAAUUUGAGUAGUAAUCUGUGUAAUCAACUGUGAUCAUUUGUAAUAUAUAUGAUUUACUUAAAAUUGAACUGAUAGAUUGGCUUUUACUUUUUACUUAUUCAUUAAAUUAUGCACAGUUGUGUAGAUAUUUAAUUAAUUUAUACCUUCCUAUAUCUAUUAAAUGGGCUAUCGUAUUCCAACCUUUUUUUUGUUUUGCUUGUAACAAAUACAAUAACAUGACAACGAUAAACAAGAUUAUUAUCAACGUCACAAUAAUAGUCCCGAAAAUAACAUCUCACUACUGUCAGCCAUUUUUUUUUUUUUUAUUUUAGAGAACACAAUAUUUUUAGGAAACAACGCUUGAAAAUCUUCGACUUAUUCGUAUCGUAUCCUUAAACUUGCUUUUGAUCAAAAAAUUGUACUUUUUCUCAAGCACUGUUUAACAGUUUAAAACAGUUUGCGUAUUAUAACAUUUUAGUUUGUAAAUAUAAGUACAAUUUUGCUAUUUAUAAUAUAAUAAUUUAGGUGUAUGCGAAUCUGAAGAAAUGCAUUCAUAACUAAAAAAUGUAACUAGUAAAAAAAACAAGAUUUUACAUUUAUGAUUCUGAGUAUAAUUAAAAAAUAUUAUAUAUAAUUAUAUUAUUUUUCUGAAACAAAUAUUCUUUAUCGUGAAUUGGUAAAAAGGGAUUAAAGCUAGCUCCCACGAUUCUAUACAUAAAAAAUGUAUAGUAUAAUGUAAAACUAUAUUUUAUAAUUUUACAUCAAUAAAUACGAGUAUUUUUACGAAGUUCAAUCGAAUUAAUUUUGACGCAAUGUUUAUUACAAAAGUUACGAUUUGCAACUCGUAUUUGUAUUAAAAGUAGAACAUUUAGUGUUAAUCGUGCUCUCAGUAGAAGUUUAAUAAUCAUUUACUAAUUGAAUUUCUGUCGGUAAAUAAUUAUAAACAUAUAUUGUACAACGCACUCAAACGUAAUAUGUUUCGAUACAUUUUGUAAAUGUUUCACCAUAUCUGCGUUCCUUUUUUUCUUUUUUUAAAUAAAAUCGUUUCAAUAUUAUUAUUAUUUAAACUCGUUACAUCAGCCUAAUAAUAUUGUAUUGUUUCUUUUUUUUGAGAGAGAGGGGUAUGGUGAAAUGGAAUUCAUGUCGAAAAAUCGACUAUAAUAUACAGAUAUUUCUAUUUAAAAAACAAAAUAGAAUACCGAAUUUAAUGAAAAAUAUAAAAUUAUAUUAUAUUUUUCCGUUCCGGGGAACGGAAUAUUUACACGGUAAUCGUGCCGUGUAAACCAUGCGUAUUAUAAUAUUACUAUAAAAUAAAUAAACGUACGUGUGAAGAGUCGUUUAAAAUGGCAUUAGUUAUCUCUGAUUCGAAUAAUUCUAGUAAUAACUGAAAAUGUAAUAAUUAUUUACGAACGAGGCGGACGUACAGAAAUGUAAAUAAUUAAUAAUAAUAUAUUUCCUGAAAACUAUACUUGGGCGUCAAACUGUAGAAUAAUGAUUUAUAUUGCAUAGUGGCUGGGCACAAGUUUUUAGUGCCUGCUUGAAAUAUACGUACAACAUUAUUUUAAAUAUUAUACAUUGUUGGAGCACGUGUUUACAUGAAAUAUUGUUGACCACCCGCGUCGUUACCAACCGAUUGUGUGUGCGGUUAACCGAUUUGACAAUACAAAAUAUUAUUAUGCGCGUACUGUGUAUGUGUGUAUUAUAUAUAUAUAUAUAUAAUUGUGUCGAAGCUAUAAUUAUUAUUAUUAUCCUUUGUUAUAAUAGUAUAUUGACUGUUCGGACCGGUAAUAAUUUGAACACGGUACCCCGCCGCCGAUAAUGGAACAAUUUAAUUAUAGAGUACGUUUAUAUGUUAUUAUGACCAACACGGCGAUAAUUUACGCGAUACACGCGCAAUUAAUUAACAGCGUUAUCCGGUGAAAUAACGAGUGAUACGAAUACCAUACGGUCGGGCAUUUAUAUUGUACUUUUUUUAACUACCCUCGUACUCAUAAAACACCAUAAUAGUUUUGUACAUAAAUAUACGAUUGUCGAUGAAAAUAUAAUUUCGAAGUGUAUUUUAUUGACGUGCGUUUCAUAAGAGGAGUGAAAUUCAAUAAUUAUUAAUCGGAUUCGGUGGUAAACAGCUUUCGGGAUUUUGUCGGUGUCGGCCAGCAGGUACUGGUCCAACGGUCGUUAUUUUCUGUCCGCUGCUGUUCAUCGUGGUCGCUGGACUAUUCGUCGUGACUUCGUUUCUUCUUUUCUUCGAGUGUAGUUUAUUUGAUGUUGAAAAAACGAGUAUUUGAGAAACAUUGACAGUCUGGCUUAUUAUGCUUUGCUCUGUUUCUUUUUAUUCAGUUUCGAGCGCGUUCAGCUCCUCCAAAGAGUAUCACGUAUCCUUAAGAUAUUUUUCUGAUUUUGUCUGUUGACCCUUUUAAUGUUUUGUGAAAGUUUAUUGUCAGAGGUUUUCUGUAAAUAUUUCAUUGCUGCAGUUUCUGUUAAUGACAAACAAUUUGCUCCAGGUUAUCAUCCUUAAAGUUAUAGACUAUAGGGCUUCUAAAUUUGUCCAGUUGUUGAUGGCUAAGUUCGUCGUCCUGGACAUGCUUAGAAAGGAGCAAACUGUUUCGGUUGAUCAAUAGGAAUUUUGUAAUUUUAGCAUUUUUCACUUUGUGUAGUAUUUCAAAAAUAUUCCUUGAAAAGUUUUUCCUAAGUACUUCACCAUUUUUAACAAAAACACCGGUCUGUUCCUAAUUAUUGAAUUUGUUUUCGAAUUUAAUCUUUUUAGUAAUACGUAUUGCUUUUAUUUUCCUCAGAUUGGUCAUAAUCUUAGACUGAUUAAACCAUUUAAAGUGUCAGAUCUAUUUGCAUUUGUAAUCUCCUUAUUUCCACGCUAUUUUUAUCACCAAAUGCAUACAAUAUUGAGUGAUCAGCAAAGAACGCUAUAUUCUUAUCAUCAUUUUUUGGCAUCUCGUUUAUGAACACUAAAACUAGACAUGAUAAACAUGACGUUCUACUUCAGACGUUCUGAACUCCAUUUCCAUUGUAUCUUCAAAAAUAUUUGCAAAACUAUAAAUUAAAGGAUAAUUUCAAAAAUUGAUUUUUACCUUAACUAAGUUAUUAUUUUGUCAAAAAUUUGUAUAACAAAUUAAUUUAUAUUUUAAAAACUAAAACUAAAAUUUUAAAGCAAUAAAUUUAUUUAUCAUGAACAAUACGAUAGUUUAUAUGACUUAUGUAGACGAUACCAAUACCGAUACGAUACUAAUACAGACGAUACCGUUAUCGAGUAGGUGUUCGAAACCGUUUGGAACAUUUAAAUCACGUACAUGACUUACGUGGCGCCACCGUUGCUGAGACGAAUAAUACACGCGUAAAAUAAUAGCAGCGUCGGAGACUGACAGAUUUAUCGUGACGGUUUUACGCUUUGGGACGCAAUAACUUAGGUUUUCCGUGCGGUCCGUAUCCUAUUAUUUACGCGCGUACCUAGGUAUAUGUGUAUACAAAACGUGCACAAAUAUUAUGUUUACACGCGUAUUAUUUAUGAUUAUUAUUACUAUAUUGUUAUGUAUUUAUAAAGUAUUGUGUCCGUGUCCCACACCGAUAACGAACAACUCACGCACAUCGCGGAAAAAUACGAUUUUUCUACCGAUUAUUCACCAUAAACGAGUGGAUUCCCCUCGUCGUCCGUACCUAAUCUCCCGCCGCUCAAAAUAUCAUCUCUCAGAAAUAUAGAAGAAGUACGAACAAAAAAUACGCACUCUGAUGGACGACGACGACAGCGUAAACCCCAAACUCUCUCCAAUUCAAAACAAUUCCGAACGGUAUUUUAUUGAAAUACAAAAUAUACGACAUUUCCGUUCUCACCCCUCUCCCCACAUAUAUUUUUUUAUUCGUUUGUUUUUAUAUUUUGCGUGUGUACGUGAUUUACAAUGUGGAUAUCACUAUUAUCGUUUCUUUAGUCAUUAAAUUUUAUCGUGCGCGCAUAAAUAACCGCUGAACGACCGACGACGGCGUCAUUGGAGUGCACGAGUCAUACUUAUACAAUAGUGAUGUCUCAAACGUAUAGUAGUGUACCUAUUUAAUUUAACUUUACGGCUACUGUAGUAUUCGAGGGAAAAAUAGAAUCGUAGUAGUCGAGGGACAGAGAAAAACAAAACAAAAAGGAAACAAACGAGCCGGUGAAAAAUCAUUUUUGAAUAGUAUAAUAUAUAAUAUAGCGCCCCGAAAAAAUGGCAACCGGAAAUAAUUAAGAAGCAAGAAUAUAUAUUAUACAUGUAUAUAGUUUAGGAAAUGUCGAGGAAUUCCGUUGUAAGAUUAUGAUACGCCGCGUCGUCAUCGUUUGUGCACGCCAAGUAUAUAAUAUACAACAAAAUAUUAUAAAAGGCACAAUUUUUACGUUAAAAAGACAUGAUUUAUCAAAUUGCGCGAAACACGUGGUUAAUGACCUGCUUUGUUUUUUUUUUUAUAUAAAAAAUUUUUCGGUUUAUAAUACGAUUGUUCGAAAAUGAUGAGACUGAGUCAAGUUGUAUUAUAUAAUACUAAGUGUGUUUAUACAGAGAGUUUGGUUGUGUGUGCAUACUAUAAUAUUAUGUGUGCGUUGGAAAGCAUUCCAAAUGAGCAUCAUAUGUUAUAAUAGAAUGAUCCAUUUAUCACGCAACAACGAUUUCCUCGGAAUAUUUUAAGUGAAUUACAUUUUAGUUUUGUCAAUCAUUAUGAGAUUGUUGUUUAAGCGAAACGCUUGGUUGUUUUAACGCUAUUUUUUAUUAAUUAUUUAGUAAAGCUAGUUUAUAUAUAACUUCAAUGUGUAAACACUUGAUUUUUAAAGAAGAUCUCUCCCCCUUUUAGACACAGAUUUGAAAAGAAAAAAAAAUCUGUCUAAAUAUGUUAAUAUGAAUAUAGAACUAUUAUCGAAUUCACUGUUUAUAGAGAAUACUUAUAUUACUUGUCUAGACGUAGUAUAAUAUUCAAAAAAAUUCCGACAUUUUUUGAGUCAGAAAUUUAUAAUAAUUUCAAUCCAAAAAUACCGACCACUUUAUAUAAUACGUCGUAACAUAUUAAUAUAUUUUACGACGAAUUUUCUCUGCGAUUAUUAUUAAAAUUGGGAUUCCAAAACAAUAACUAGCGACCAAUGCGCGUCAACAAGUGAAGGGACAAACUAUUUUAUUUAUUAAGCAUACAUACACAACUUACAAUACCUGGUAAUACCUAAUUUGAAAAAUUUCCCAAAAUCUUCAACAGUUCACCCUCUAGGUCAUUCUGUUUGGGUUUUUUUUUUUCUAGAAAACACUUUUUCGAUUAGUAAUAAAAUUGUAAUAAUAGUAAAUAGUAAAAAUAAAUAGUAAUAAAAUUCAAAUUGUUCGAAUCAUGCCUUAAAAAAUGCGGAUUUUUCACCCAGUAAUAUUUUAAUUACAAAUUAUCUAGAUUUUCAAAUUUUUUUCUAUAUAAUUAAGAAAAACUAACAAUAAAUGAAAAUAUAUUGAUUAUAUUUAUUAUUUAUGUUGAUUUUUGAGUUACAUCGGCUAAGGAACAAAAAAAACACGAAUAAUACUACUCUAUUCAGAAUCGUUUUUUCGUACAUGAGUUAUGACAAUUUAAAAUUUAGACUGGAGGAGUAAGGAAGGGUAAUAAAUUACCUAUUUAUAUUAAAAUGAUAAAUUGACAACUCUUCUCUACUUCUCCGGUUUAAACUUUAAAUGGUUAUAACUCAUAAACGUUAUAUCUGAUAUAAGUGUUAUGUAUAACAAAAUUAAAAAUAUUUUCUAAUCUGUGUUUAAAAAUGGAAGUUCAUAUUUGAAAAACAAAAGUAUGUACUUUUUUAAGAUAUAUAAGGUAGGGAGUAGGGGUAACAAAUUUAAAUUGAUUUUAAAUUAAAGCCUAUACGAUUCCACAAUGAUAAAAAAAAACAAAUAUUAAAUUCAUUUAAAAUCCUCCGAGAUAACCACUGGUCCGUGAUAAAAAAAAUCACUCUCUAUACUCUAUAAUUGAACAUUAUAGUAUUUGAAUCACUAAAAAAAAGUUGAACCCAUUUGAAAUUUAAUCUGAGGAAAAUUGUGAUUUUUUUUUUAAUGUGUGAUAUUAUCUCGAAUUUCGCUUUUAUAUAUAGUUAUUUAAUAAACUGUAAAAGUUUUCGAGGAUAAUUUUAUUGUUCGAUUUCAAAAUACAAGAAUGGAAAACUGUAGGUUUGAAUAGUCUUAUAGAAUUAAUAUAGCGUGUAUAACUCGAUAUUACUUCGCAUUCCAAGUCCCAGGUACAGGACAUAAUUCGGCUUAUUUCGCCCUAAUUCAAAAACACUGUUGAAGGUAUAAUAUCAGUGUAAAAUAUAUAAGUUUGUAUAAUAUUAUAUUGACAAUAUAUUUGAUGAAUUGUACAUAAUAUUCGUGAACGCUAAUAAUUUUUAAGUAGGUAAAUACUUUAUGGUUCACGAUUCAAAAUAAACCGAAAUGCCGAUCACCCUGAAGUAAAAAGACUUAAGUCUUUAUCGCUUUUAUAUAUGCCUACUAUGUUUUAAUCCCGAUUCCUAAAAUAUUGUUUACGUUUCGCUGCUUGCAAAGAUGAUAAAAACCACCUUGGGUAUUUGAUGAAUUAUCACUUAACGAUAAUGACAUCGAUUUGCUUUCAAUAAAUUAAGACUAACGGAUGUUUUAUUGUGCGAUUGCUUACAGAAAGUAAAGCAUAUAUUUUAUUUUAUAUGUUUUACAUUUCGAGCUAAGCUAGUAUUUUUUUUUUUUUUUUCAAUAACUGUCAGUUACUAAAUUUUUUUUAUCAGAAAUCUUAUUCCUGAUAGGACAUUUUACCUAAUUUGGGAGUUACAGAUAAAUAGUCCAUUUUUUAUUUUUCUUGAAGUUUUCGUCAUAAUUGACAAAACAUCUUAGUGAAAUGGAAUAUUAACGAUCUCUUAAUUUCAAUUCAUUUUUUUUUUUUUUUUUUAAUUUAGCGAAAAAUGAUAGAGACACGUCUCUACUAUUCGUUUUCAUGAAUACUUUAUGUAUUUUUAAUAUUUUUUAUUCAAGGAUUAAUUUUUCAGUGAGUUGUAUUAAUUAGUGACGAAAUAAGGCUCGCAAUAGACAGGCUUUGAUUUUUAAUCUGACUUAUUUUUGCGCACAAUUCGCGGAAAUAAAUAAUUAUCAUAACAAUAAUAUGCAUGUGAUACAGAAAUUAUGUAUCUGCGUCCAACGUUAUAUUAUUAUUCGUAAACGCUAAUGAAAACGUCGCGAAAUUAUUAUUAUUAUUAUUAUCAACCUGAGCGUGAUACCGUACAAUCGAGGAUGACGUCAAAAACAAUAGGCCUACAUAUUAUUGUACAUAAUAUAAUGUAUUUAUGUGUUAUCAUAUUAUAUACAAUAUACGCAUUACAUAAAUACUCGUACAGUGAUGCGACGAACCCUAUAUUGUCAACCUUAGACUAUUAUAUCAAUAAUAUUAUAUCAUGACUAUAAAGGCGUACAAUGUAUAUGCGCAUGCACAUUUUACGUUUUCGUCUAAUCUGAGAAAACACAAUAAAAUUGCAAAAAAAAAUCACAAUUUUCCGGUAUUAUACUAUAUAACAUAUUAACUAGCCUGUAUAAUUUAUAAAAGUUAGUUGCUUAGAUUGUAGAAUACAUUUUAGCUUCAUUUUGUUUUUUUUAUGGAUUCUUUUUCUCCGUUAUGACGAAAAAACUUUUAAAAAAUAGAUGAAAGUCGUUUGGAAAUUAGUAACACAUUGUUACCUAAACUAUAAAUCAUUUAUGAAAUAAAAAAAAAACUGAUAAAAAUAAUAAACAAUAUGAGACAAAACAUUUAAAAAUACUCAAAUAUUCAUUAAAUUAUGGUUUUUUGUCAAAAAAAAAAAAAAAGAAUUUUAUAAUUUUACAAAUUUAAAAUUUUUUUUUUUGCCUAGACCAUUAGCUAAUUUUUUUUAGAUUCUGAACGGAGCGAGGAAUGUAUUGGUUUUUCAAUGGUGUUUAUUUUUUUUUUUUUUUUUUUAUAAUUUAUACAAAAAUUCCACGAAAAUCUGGCUCUGAAGUAUCUAAUGUAGCUUUUCUAAAAGUUAAUUUUCCUGGUGUGAUAUUUAGGAGGUCAUUUUUUUAUUUUUCCAGGGGUUUCCAUAAUAAAUUGGAUAAAUUGGGAAUAAACGUAGGAAAAACGGAAAAAGGUACGAAAUGUAUUAUUUUCAAAUCGUAAAUAUUACGGCCUUUUAAAACAUAUACAGCCGAACACUGCUCAAAGAUUAUUCGUUGCGUUCAGAUACACAUUAAAUUCCUCUCUAUAUCCUACCUUCCCAACUACCCGCCUACAACAGUGGUUCACCCAUCGGGCAAAGUAUGUCCGAAUCUUUUUUUAUUUUGUUUUGGUUUCUUUUUUCUUUUUUAUAAUUGUUUCUUGAAAAAAACAAGUUUUUCAUGUCAACAAUGCUAUUUAUAUUAAAACAAAAAUGUACAUUGUAUAUUAAUAUAGUUUAAUUAAAUGAACCAGUUAUUUUCAUUUAAACUAAAGUGGCUAGUACAUAAUAUUUGGUUAUUAUAAUAUAAUAAGUAUACUGAAUCCUAAGUAGUAGACGUCGGUUAUAUCACAACCACUUAGCGAAAUUGCUCUUGAAAUAUUUUCAUUAUUGUAAAAAAGACGUUUAAUUGCACAAUAUAUUAUAUAAUAUAUAUUUACUUUUUUAUUUUCAUUUUACAAACAAAACAAUAUUUUAUUAAUUUUUUGACGGUAUCUAUUAUUGUUAUUAUAUUCCAUUAUAUAUUUUACAGUGAUGCACACUUUAAACUAUUAUAACCUACUUAAUGCUAAUACACCGAUUACCGAGAAGAUUCAAAUUAGACAUUAUAUGAACUAUGUUGCAUGAUGAUAUUAUUAUAUGUCCCGGCUCUUUCAUCUCUCUUUAUUUUAUUUACGAUUAAAGAUAUACAAGUUGUAUACCAUCGGUCUAUUACCUAAUGUUAUGAUGGGGGACCAUCGAACUGACAAUACAAAUCAGCUGUGGAUAAUGGAAUUAGAUACUGGAAACUAAAAUUUGCUUUUUGUUUUCGGUGUCUAGAGCGAAGGAUCAAUGUGAUUUCUAAAGUAGAUUUCUGAUUAAUAUUAGAUAGCAGUUUAUAAAUAAUUUAAAAUAUAGGUAUUUGAAUAUUUACUCGAAGCACCACAUAUGACUAUAAUAAUAUAAAGGAGGUAUUAUACAUAAACACGUUUCACAUGCAGUUUUAUUUGUGGAAUUGUUUUUUUUUUUUUUUAAAUAAGGUAAAAAAAAAACUUAAAAUAACUUUUAGAAACUUUUCAUAAAUAUUUUCUUAAUGCCAUAAACAACAAGAACCGUGAUUUAUUUAAAAAUAAGAAUAAAUGUUUUAACGUGGUACUAAACAAUACUUCACGAACCAAUGAUAAAUACAACAGGCCUUGAAAAAUAAAUCCUGUGCUCAGAGAACGUAAUUCAUAGAAAAAAAAACUCAUUUUGGUUACCAAAAAUAUUAAUCAUUAAAUACGAUCACGGUGGCUGUAAAAAAAAAAACUCGUAGUUUUCGGGAAUUCAUAUAGCCGUUCCACCCACUUUGGCUGUAUUAACUGUCACCAUUAAUCAAUAAUAAUUAGUGAAUUAUUAUUUUUGCAAACGUUCUCGCAAAAAAAUCAAUCCAAAAGCAAAUAAAUUAUGCCGUAAUUAAACUCAGUUAUAUCACCUAUAGAUGUACACAUAUUUUCUAAAAAGGUAUACCGCUAUACUAAGUGUUUAACGAUUCAAUACUAAUAUUAUAUAUACAAUAUACAUGUUACACCAAGUUAUGUACAAUGUAAUAAUAUUUCGGUGAUUAGGUAUAGUUAUACAUUUAAUUAAUUAUCGGAAAUUCCGUGUAAAAUGGGUACACACGUGAAUAGUUUAACGAUAUUCAAAUUAAAGCAAUAAUGGCAUAGUUAAGAUCAAUUUCGUUAUAAACCUAUAGAUUUAUCAGAUUUUAAAGUUACUCUAUUUCUCUAAACGUAAUGGUAACUUAUAUUGGUAAGGCUUACAAAAUGCUCCGCCCAAUAGGUUAAUUUAGUCAUUUCGGUUCGUGUGUAGACUAAAAUCCCAUUGAAGCUCUGAAUGGACUAUAAAAUCUACAAAAGACGAAGAAUUCAUGAUACGAUUAUGAUGUACACACAGUAGUUGAUUUGGUAGUUAUAUCUGUUGGGCCAACCAGAUCAUAAUGUAGUGUUCAACGAUUUUUACAAUGUAAUAUAAGAUUUGGUAUACAAUUUAAUAAUUUAUUUUCCAAAACUACGCCAAUAAUUAGCGCGUAACUAAAGAAAAAAUACAAUGCAAUAAUUGAAAAUGGCUUUUUAGAUUUAAAACUUAGUAUAUAUUAUUAUUUACUAGUGUACUAACUGAAAUUUUACAUUAAUUGGGCUUAAAGAUGAUGUGGAAUGAAACAAAAUCCAUUAAAAUUCUCUGGUCAAAUUUCAAUAUUAACAUCCAAAAAAAAAGUAUGAAAAAUUUUAGUUUUUAUAAAAAAAAUCCGAUUCAUCUGAACAAUAUAUACUCAUUAUUACAGUACUGCACAAUAGAAAUAAUGAAAUACAUAGGGUUUUCUAAAAUUGAGUUUUUUCCCUUUCUUGCUUUAAUGUUUCUUUGAUUCCUUCCUGUUUCGUGAAUUGAACUUCGUCGUCGUUAUUAUUUUUUUUCCUAUUUCUCAUUAAAUUUUUUUUUUCCUAUAUAUUUCAAACGUAAUUAUUCGGGUAAAUGUUAGAAUUCGCAAAGACGACAAUGUAUAAAAUAGCUUAAUGAUAAUGAGUCGCAGUUCAAAAGAAUGAGACAGCGUCGUCGGUGCCUAGAAACUUUAUGGACACUAAUAAUUUAUUGUAGUUGAAAUAUUUCCGUGCACAAAGUCACUACCGCCCAUAAUUACUACCCUCGAAGUACCGCAAAAGUUAGGGUUUUUUUUUAUGCCAAUUAAGAUUUCGGCGAUGCUGUGUUAGUAGAGCGGUGUAAAAACAUCGAAAUGGAAUGGUGCGCUACAUAGUAAUAUCUGCUGCUGUUAUACUACUUAUACGCUAAUACGCAAUUAUUACAUUUUUUUUUUUUCUUCGCUUAAAUUACACGUAAGAUCAUCUGUAUAUUAUACAAUACUACUUCAACAAAUAAAUAGAAAAAAAAUACAUGUAUAUAUGUAUUAUACUUCAUAUAUACACACCUGAUAUAUAUUAUUACAAAUAUAAUAUAUAAUGUAUAUAUUAUACAAACAAGAAAAACAAUACGUUUCUCUUAUUCUGGCGUAGAAAAAAUAUUAUACAGUUUGUAUAAAUCGUAUAUACAGACGACAGCUGCUGUCUCAACAACAAUAUCGAUAUUAUGCCCUGAGAAUAAUAAAAAACCAAUAUCAAUAAUAUUAUAGAAUUGGAUAAUAUACCGGGUGAUUCCAUUUAUAUCCCGGGACACUAUAUUAUUCCUUUUGGUUAAUUUGUAUGUUUUCAUACUAUUUUUUUUGUAUAUCAAGUGUGUAUGUAUAAUAUAUAAUAAACCUAAUAAUAAUAUUAUAAUAUAGACAAUAAAAUUAUCGUAUUAUAAUAUUAAAAUAACAGAACAUUAUAUAGCUGGUAUACGUACUCUAUAAAUGAUUUUAUUUCAGAAAAUGACGGGAAAAAAUAAAAUACAAAAUAAGUUUAUAAAUUGAUAUGGUGUCAUAUACUUACUAAAAAAAAAAAAAAAAACAAAGGGAAAUGAUAAUAUACGAUAAAGUGAAACAAAUGAUGCCUUAUUUUUACAUCGCAUAUAGUAUUUCCGCCAUAAUAAUCCAAACUUUUGAUGUUAAAAUAAUCGUUUAAUGGUAAUAAAUUAUAUAGUUAUAGAGUCUGCAUUACAGCAUUGUUUUCUAUGAAAACAUAUUCUCCGUUGAGAUUAAAAGUUAAAACGUUGAGUUUUGAAUAUAUAGAGUAAAAGUUUUGAAAAGUUAAAAAAUUUGGUUAUUCGUAAAAAAAUAAUAUUAUAUACAAUUUCUUUAAACUAUACUGUAUAACGUAUACGAAAAGUUUAUUUAAACUUACAUUAUAAGGUAAGAAAAAAAAAAAACGUAACCCGGUAAAUGAAUCACCCGGUGCAUAUUCGGAUGUUUAUUAUAUUCGUCCGUGUUAUUUUUCGAUAUACUCUUCUAUGAAUCUACUUUGCGAAAAAGGGCGGUGUAUAACAAUCAAGUCAAGUAAUCAGUCACGAUAGUAGGGUUAUCAACCGACGGUCGAAUGGGGUUGUAAAGGGCACGACGAUUACUAUAGGUCGGACAGAAUAAUAUAAGUAAUGAAUGAUUGAUCUAGGAAAACUUUUUUUGGACGUACGGAACGAUACUAACAAAAACCCACGCGUAUAUUAAGAACAAUACACAAUUCUAUACACUCUCUUCACUCGCGUGUGCGUGUGUAUACAAUAUAUAUUAUAUUGAUAGGGUGACGUUUUUCUUUUAAGCUUUAGAAUUCUUUUGAAACAAAAAAUAACAAUACAAAAUAUGUAAUUUUAAUAGCUUUAUGACGAAAAUAUGUUUUAUUCGUACGAUGAAUUCGACAAAAUAUGUUCAAUGUUGCAAUUCGCUAACUACAACAUAGGACGUGUUUAUCAAAACAAGCUUUUGACAAUAUACACUGGAAUAAAAUGCUUCUCACGCUACGAGUAAUAGAUUAGAUUAAGUUGCUGAACAACAUGCCAAAAAAAUAAUUCACAAUCUUUACAAAAAUCGUUUAGAUUAAAAAGGAAAAUCAAUGCUAGCGCACAAAUAAAAAUAGGAGUCCGACAAGCUAACACGUGCACUUUUAAACUGCUACAUUGAAAAAGUUAUAAAUAUAAUGAAAGCAAAGUUGACAAGAUUAAAUAUGAAAAUCAAAAUCGGUGGAUAAAUUGUGGACAAAAACUUAAUUAAUAAAAAUCACUUUUUAUGGCGUUCUGCUGAAAGCCAAAAAAGUACACAGACGAGCAAAUAUCGAGAUUUUGGAAUUGGUUUUUUCCCGAUAAAUAUCUUAUUGAAAAUAUAAUAUACAUGUAUAACAUAUUAUCUGUAUUGGAUCAAUACAGCUCGGAAUUUAAAAAAUACAAAAAACAAAGACAAAUCAAUUACUCGCUCAAUUUUAUCAAAUUAUAAUUAUAAUAUUAUUAUUAACAUGCGCUGUUAUUAAUACAAAAAAAAAAAUUAUAUUACGUCAAAUUUAGUCAUAAUUAUUAUGAUUUUUACCUUACACGACAUGAACUUUUCGCUACAGUUUAUAAAUGGCUGCACUAAAAACGCUUUAAAUAAACCAGGGCGUCAAUGUUUUUAUGUUUUUUUUUACACGUAUAUUUAACAAUACAGUAAACCAGAAAAUUGUUUCUUAUUUUACAAUUUAAAAGCCUUUACACAAUAUUAUUAAGACAUUAACAAUUACAAUUAUAACAACAUUAAAAAGACAGGCAUACUUUACACGAUGAGUAAGCUACUAUUAUAGGUGAAAAAUUGGAAAUAUAGGAUAUAUAGGGUAUUUUAAUUUAUAUAUUUAUAUGCAACGAUAAACCAUUACCAACGAAAAACGAUUUGGACCGAAAUUUUUUUUUAUACAUGUACGUAAAUAUUCAAGUUUUUCCUACGGUUUUAUCGGAUUUUCCAAUUAUUAUGAAAACUGCUUGAACAAUCAAAAAAUACCUAGAUUAAAAAUGCAAUAACAAUGAUCACUUGUUGAUUUUCUGUUGAAGCGGUAUUUCUGGUAUAAAACAUAGUUUACAAAAAUUAAAAAUAAUGAAAACAGUAAUGCCGCGGCAUACCGUACAUAUUUGCGUUUUAUCUAUCAUUUUUUUUUUCGGUUUUUCCCAAUUAUUUUCAAAAAUCAAAAAAUAGCCUAUCUAAUCUCUAUUGCAUCAACUAAAUAAAAUUUUCUUUUAAAAAAGAUACUACACUUAAUACAUCGGACCAAGAAGAUUUCUGGUAGAAAAGUUGUUCACGAAUAGGAAAAAAAUACAAAAUUACAAAAACAUACAUCAUAGUAAAACCAAUAGACCCCUCGUUGCGUUCUAAAUACAAAAGAAUUAACGUAUAACCAUUACAUUUCUAUCUGUACUCGGAACUUAGAAGAAAAAGUCAGGAACUAAUUAUAAUAUAUGCUCUGUAGUGUAUAUUACAAAUGACACGUAUUUUCAUAGUUAACAGCUCUUCUUAUUUUAUUUAAUGUGAUAUUUUUUUUAUAGUAAGUAUAUUGGUUGUAUCCAAUGAUAUAGAAAUACCUACAAUAUUUUAUUUUUUAUUUAUAUAAUAUUUAUUAUAAUACGAUGUUUGACAAAAACCUAUGGAGUUUAUAUAAUUGUUAUUAAAACCUACUCAAGUAAGAUUAAUAAUAUUUGUUUAAACAAUACAGUUUACAGACGAAUAAUAUGAUGUACAAUAAUACAGAUGAUACAUUUUAAAUAUUGAAUUAAGUAUGUUAAUAACAAACAAUAGAAAAUAAUAUUUUAUAGACAUUUAUCGUUUGAACAUUACGGUUUUUUUUUUUUAUCAGUUUUACAUUUUAUUUUAUUUUACUUUACUUCAUUUUUAAUUUUUGUUGAUUUUUUACUUUUAGUGUACAGAAUGGUUUAUUCAAAUGGGACUACUCAUUAUCUCAGAAAGUAUUAACUUCUUUGGAAUUUUUUUCCAACAUUCCGUUAACGAGAUAUUCCAUUUUUAAGUUCGGCUCUAGGGAGAGUAGUGGAACACUGUGUGUGAGGAUACGACGCUCGACAUUUUAAUAAUUCACCACUACUUUCCUGCUACCAAAAUUUAAAAGUAGAAUAUCCCAUCAAUAAGUUGACGAAAAUCAAAAGUUUCAAUUUAUUUAUAACAUUUAUUUUAACUGAUAUUCCAUUUAUUUAUGGAAUUUGAAUGCAGGUCUUUAUAUGAAAAUCAAAAGUAUUUAGUUGGUUGUAGGUAGGUGGUUUUACCCCUAAAAAUAAGUGUCAUAAAAACUAACAGAGAUGUAAAAUUUUAGAAUUUCUUGUUUCUUAAAUGUUCUAUAAAACAAAUUCCAGAAAGAGUUAAUAUUUUCCGUGAUAAUGAGUGUCUCGAUUUUAAAAGAACAAAAAACGAAGAUAUAUUUUUAUUUGUAUUGUUUAUUUUUUUUGUUCCUUAAAACAAUUUUUCUACCAAGAAGCUUUUUUGUUGAAUUUUUAAUAUAAUUGGUGUACUGAGAAGGACAUUUUUUAAUUUCCCAGAGAGUUUUCAUUAUAAUUUGGAAAAUCCGAGAAAAAAGUAUGCAUGACGUAUUUUAACGUUUACAUAAAUAAAUUUAUAUCACUGGGUAUACUUAAAUAAUUAUACGGUAAAAUUAAAGCAUUCUCCACCCCACAAAAAAAUAUAUUAAUUAAUAAUAAUACAUUAAUUAUUAAUUUAUUUAUACUAUAAUAUUUGGUUGUAAUUUGUACAUGCAAUUGUAUUCGAUUAUAUUAUUACUAAGUAUAUUUGUCGACAUUCAAAUUAUGUAACGUUAUACUCGUACAACAUUAAAACGCAAUGAAAUCGAGAACUUUUCGGAACCUGUAUCGAAUUUAUACUGCGAUUGACCGUGUCGUAAAAAAUAUCAUACUGUUAGUAAAAAUUGAUCCGUGAAAAUCGCUAACAUAAAAUAGAUAUAUAUUUUGUAUCUUUUAUAAAAAAAAAAAUCAUAAUUUAUUCUUUCACGUAAAAAAAUAAUUUCACAUUUUUUACAUUAAUAUAGAAACCUCGAACUACUGGACUACUCGAAAACCUGAACUAAUUUUCUCGUAUAUCGAUUCGAAACAACGACGUAUAUUAUUGUGUACCAGGACGGCCGUAACAAGUGAAAUGCCAAAACGUCACAAAAAUCAUAAUAUCGUGUUCACUGUUUUUAAUCAACGUAAUGUUUUUUUCCCUCGAUUUGUCUUUCGCCACCACUGAAACUAUAAUUUUCUUUUUUCUCGUGGCAGUUUUCCGACCGCGCGCUCAUAAUAAUAAUUAUUCGCGCCGGUAUACUAUUAUAAUAAUAAUAUACGUCACCUGAAUGCAGCGGGCGGGCAGAGAAAAAAAUAUCUGUCGCAUAGGUAUAUCAAAAGCGAACGUUCGUAAUAUAGUUGAGUAAGUAUAUACAUUAUCGAAUUCACGUCUCUCUAUUCAGGUCAUUCGGGAACUCAAUGUCGUAGUAAUUAUAGUGAUACCAAGGCCUAUUUUUGUGUGUAAUACGAAAUCAAAUGUGUGUAACCCAAAAUUAUAAUGCGUUUAAAGACUAAAUAUUAAUUAGUAACAAUUAUUUUAGCGCUCAAAUUUAAACUGAUAACAGUAAUAUACAAUUAAUACCUCGUAAUAUAGGUAAAACAUACCACCGUCGUCACUGUUCCGCUAAAACUACCUCGCCAUAAAACCAGUUUAAUCGUCACCAUUGUGAACGGUGCGUACGAGUCGCCUUCCAAAAUAUACGAAUCACUUCCCAUCCUUACCCUAUGGUUAUAUACGAGUUUCCUCCCAAAAAUGUUCAUACUAGUUGCCUCCUUUACAAAAUAAAGCAGUGGUUCAUAUACUAAACUAAAUUGAAUACAAUAUGUAUAACUUUAUUAAAAAUAAUAAUAUAAUUGGUCAAUAAAAAACAUUUGAUUAAUUUUGUUUCUAAUUUGUAAUCGUGCAUGUAUUUUAGGCUUAUUUGAAUUUAGUAUUAAAAUUACAGUCUCGGUCUGAAUUAAUUUCAAAAUUUAAAUAAUUUUAAAUUCAUUAGGAUAUGGAGACUGAAAAUAGCUAUUAAAUUUGCUAUGAAAAGAUUCAUAUGCAUUGGUUUUGCGCUGAAUGCUAAAACUUUUAUUUGCCCAAAAAUGAGGAGAGAAAUUUGUACUCUCUGAUAUAGAUAUAUGAAUCCACCUAUACUAAAUAGGCUGCAAAUGUUGUUAUCUUAUCAUCUAAAUGCUGUAUGGUUGUUAGUUCCAUUGAAUACAUAUCUCCACUAUACAAUAUCACGCCAUCUACAUAUAUAUUUUGUACACACUGUGCACUUCUUAUGAGAUGUACAGUUCUUCUUUGAGAUAUUUUAGAUUCCAAGAUCGUUACUAAUGCGUAAAUUUUCAGCAUAAUUAGUUCUUUUGACCGAUAGAUAAUUUUUUAUGUUUAGAGUUGUGAUCAAUAAUUGAUCCUAAGACAAAGAUGGUCAAAGUGUGGUGAGGUCAAUCCCUGGUGCCACCCAGUGUUGGCACCACAGAUUUUACUUAAAGUUGAAUUAUAAACCAUAAACAAAUUACAGCCUAUAAAAAAUGUAAUUUGUAUACUUAUUAAUAAAUAAAUUUAAACAUAAUAUACACAAUUUGAAAACAUUAACAAUAUUUCGUCUCAUCAUAAUUCAUGGCUAUUAGUUAUAAUAUUAAUAUUUUUGUUAAAGCUAUAGGUAUACGAUUUUUUCGUACGUGAAAAUAUUCUUCAAGUCACAUUUUUCAAAUGUUAGCAUAUUAAGUUAAAGUAAUAUUAUAAUUUUAUAUGAACCAGCGAAAAGUUUUACAUUCAAACUUUAGCUGUAAAUUUUUAUUUUUCCGUUCGCUGACAUUCUCAUUUUUUCCAAAGUAUCAUAUAACAAGCUCACACAUAUACCAUUUGCGAAACAUGUUUUGAAUUUAAAAGACACGAACCAUUUUUAAAAGGUAUUUAUUCUUUAACUCAUUUCAAAAAAUACUUUUUUAGUAAAUAUAUUUUAUUUUGAAUUUACGAUCAUUUUUGUUUGUUUUGUUAUAAUAUUAUAUGUUGUGCAAUAAGUAUAUUAUUUUUUUUUAUGAACUAAAUAAUUUAAUUAGGUAAUUUUCUCAAAAUAAUUGUUUCAUUAUCAACGAUUUAUCGUUCACAUUCAAUAUAUAUUAUAAUAUGAAUAUAGACAUAAAUUAAGUUGUUACUUUAUAUUAUUAUAUCCUACCUUUACUAUUUUUCUGCGAACCACUGCAAUGGGAAACCUAUCAGCAAUAUUAGCUUUUUUUUUUUUUUUUACAUUAUCGAAUCUGGACGUAAAGUAUCAUAAUAAUGAUAUCAUUAUUUUUAAUAAUUUUUCUUCAAUAAUAUAUAACUGCAACAGACUACUACUGAAACCUUUUAAAAAUAUGUUUUACGCGAUGUACUAGUUCGAAUUUAAAUUAAACACGUUUCUUCCUCAGACGACGUUUUACGAUGUAAAACGUAAAAUGUGACCGAACACUGAAAUAAUAUUAUAACUUUAUACGUUUAAUUCUAGUAGAAUAAUUAACUUCGCGCGGUCUAUGUAAUGGUAUGAACUGUGUAUAUAUACAGACCGUGUUUUAUAUGUAAUAAUAAUAAUAUUAUAAUAUUAUAAUAUUGUAAAUUACGGUAUUUCCGACUUCAAUCGUAAAUCAAAACGUAAUCCAAUAUCAUAAACGGGGUUUAUGGUCCUAAGACAAAUGCAAAUUACACGGACGCCCGAAUGAAACUAUAUUAUUACAGAUGACAGCGUAAUAAAAAUAACACAAUCACGCUUGCUUUCAAUAGUUUGAUCGUUUUUUACAAUCGGAAACAAGUUCCGUAGUUUCUUGAUCGAAAUCUUCGAACAGCAAUUUCUCCAAAUAGUAUAUUUCCCGAAUAGUACUAUUCAUCGUUUUCCUGAAUAUUAUUUUUUCCGCAUACUAUUAGUACAUUUUACCCGAAUGCCGAUGUUUUAUUUACCAAAUGGUAUAUUUCCCAAAUAGCACUCUAAUAUUUCAACGAUCAUUGUAAAUUAAUUAUUAUUAAUACAAUUUACUAGACCACAUUAUAAGCCACGACUAAUUAUGAAGUCUAUGUAAUUGAAGAUUUCGUACUCCACAGUGAUAGCUGAAAUCGUGCGUCUUUCCGACUAAAACACCAUCCGUUUUCUUUUUGGCUGAUUCGGAAAAUUUACUAUUUGGGUGAUGGGGUUCGAAAAAAACGACGGUCCGGAAAAUUUAUAUUCUGGAAAAAUAUCAAGAAUACUUUCCAUAAUUAAACGAAAUCCUAUUCUUCUUGAUGAUCCCACGCCAAUAAUAAUAUUAUCAAAGUACCUACAACCGUAAAAUAUAUUAUUACGAUAUUUAAAUUAAGUAUUUAAAGACGUAGAAAUUUUGUACCGCGAACGGAGAUUUCAGACGCGUGGUUUCCCCGCAUCAGCGACUACAAUUAUUAAAUAACGUUUCGAUAUCUGGUCAAACGGUGAAAAACAAUAUAAUAUACGCACGCUUAAGGAUACCCGCGCAUUCUAAAAAAAUAAAAAUUAUCCGUGUGGAUAACGUGAAUCUGCUACGGAAAUUCUUAGAGAUUACCCGGCUACUAAACCGUCAAUCGCAUUUAUAUAGUUACAGGAUGAUUGUUUUACUUGUUUUCUUCUUUUAUCGUGGAUCAAGCGAAAUUUUUGAAAAUGUAAUUAAAUUUUUUACGAACAUAUAGAUUUUGUUUUUUCGUUCUGAGAGAUGGUUAAUAUAAUAAUCCUAUACCAUAUUAUAUUUUGUUGAUGAUAACUCUUUUUUAGUCUAAUUUUUUUGUAUAAAGUAAUAAAAUGUAGCAGAAUCGUAAACAAAAUAUGCACAGAGAAUAAAAAAAAAAAAUCACUCCGUGGCAACUCCACUCAGCAUUUUAUUUCGAUCGACCUACUGGGAGUGAACGUACGACUAUGCAACGUAUACCACCUACGGAUCAUGUGAGAUUGACCCAAACUUAUAUAUUAUACAACGUGAUUCUCGUGUCAUCUUUUAUCAACUUCCCUCGCCUAUUUCAAUACACCGAUUUAAAGGGAGAAUAUAUUUUUCAAAAGUGUUUGAUUUGCAUAACAUACUAAUAUCGUAUACAAUAUAUUAUGAGUUGUAAUCAUUUAAAAUGGUUAUAGAAAUGGUUUACUUAAUCAUUUAAGUUUCAUAUCUAUUAAAAUAUGACACAAAUCUAUCAGAAACACUAAAACGUAUUUAUAUGAGGGAAACGAUUCAAUAUCGCUCAUUCUACAUAAUAACUAUAUAUUUAAGUAACACCAAAAACAUUAAUUUAAACAUUUAUUAUUUUUCUUGUAAAGUAAUGGACUUCGGAGAAAUGCGAAUAUUUUUUAUAAACAAUAUUUAAAUCUAUAAUUAAGAUGUUAUAAAUGUUCACACUAAGUCACUAAGCAUGUUUUAAAUUAAAUUCAAAGAAUUACCAUAUUCGGAAAUUGUUUAAUCCUUAAUUUUAAAUUUAACUAAUUUUAGUUUAUUGUGGCAAAGAAACGUAAUAUGGAUUGGUGAAAAAUCAAAAAUUUAAAGUUAAAAAAUAAGGAUCACCUUAACUAAUAUCAUGUACAUAUGUGUAUACACAUGAAUAAUAGAUUUCCAUGAAUUUUGAAAAUAUUAUCUUGAUAAUCUAAACUUAGUGCCUAUAUAUUCCUUGGAUCAGUAAAAAAGUAAUACUACAUGUCGUGAAAAUAUGAUGAUGAUUCAUAUUCACCAUGACAAAUUAACUCAAUCGUUGCUCUUUGUGGUUGAUUUUCAGUAUUUUUACAUAAUUGUAAUAAAAAAACUAAAAUAUGCACAAAUAUUACAUCUUCUCGAGAAAAAUCUUAAAUUUUCUUUUUCUGUCGCGGUUAAUAUGUUGGCUUCAAUGUAUUACAUGUAAAACGUUUAAGAAAACAAAUCAAAAAUACUAUAAUGGUUUUAGAAAAUUAAUGUUAUACAUUAAUAAAAUGACUGUAAUUAUAUAGGUACUAACAAACAUUAUAGUUGAUGAUAACUACAGGUUAUAUCUUAAGUAUUUUAAAAUUAUGGUAAUGGUACACAUACUUACAUUUCACUUGAAAUUAAAAUAUCGAACAAAGCAUAUUUGGUUGCUUUAAUAAUGAACUUACCUUUAAGUUUUUUAAUAGAACAAUUCGCUCUUGUAUUAAAACUAACAAACACCAAGUUGUUCAUGUUGAACGCAAAAUGUGUUCUAUCGUCCCUAUACUUAUGUAAAACGGAAACAGCGCAUGCGGGUGUCCUCUUAAACCUUUCAAUAUUAGAAUAUAGUAUUAAACUAACAACAGUAACCCACUAGAAAAUUCAACACUUGUGUACACAAUUUUUUAUUUAUCCUCGCCUUAUUUUUUUGCAACUAUCAACGUUUUUAACAGAGUUCAGAGUUCUUUGUUCUCAAGAACAGACAUAACCACGUCGCUUUAUUGAAAAAGAUCACACAUUAUUUCCUGUAGCAUCACGUUUAUACGAAUUUAAAUAAAAGGUUAAAAUUCAUUUAUGAACUAUUGUCUACUAAGCUCUAUUGUAAAUCUAUUACAAACUCUUUGACCCACAUUCACAUCUGUACAUUAUGAUUUAAAUCUAAAGUUAAUAAUAAUAACAGCCUAUAAUAUUUGUACAAUAUUGUCAUAUGUUCACUUUACAAUUUUUUGUACGCAUAUCGAUAUCAUUUCAAUUAAUUUAUUGUAAUAAAUAAUAUUAAUAUAGUUUGUCAAAUUUAUCACACUAUGCGUGUUAUAUUGUUCAUAAUACGUGUUUCCAUCUAAUAAAGUUAUUCUGACUUGAAUACAAUUUAGCUAUAUAGAUUUACGUUACCUAGUUUUUAAAACUUCUUUAUUUUUAGUUAUAAAAUUACUUUAUUUAGGAAACUAUUAGAUUUUGAAUGCCGUUUAAUAUAUAUAUAUUAGGUAUGCAUACUUUUGAAUUUUAAUGCUCUUCGAUGCUCAUCAGAUAUUUAGGAGUCAAACAUCUGAGCAUAGAAAGUUUUAGAGUAUGAAUUCUCCGGAUCACUUGUAGAAUGUUUCUUUGACUCGCUUAAAUAUUAUGUAUACUUAUUAUUAUUACUUAAACAUUUUGUGUUGCUAUUUUUUACAAAUUUGAAGUAUUUUCGAUUUUUAGUUCUAUUUUUCAUUUUUUAUUUCUUUUAGAUUCUGAGUGGAGCAAAGAAGCUUAUGGUUUUACAAAGAAGUUUAUUCAUUUUUUUUUUUUAUCUGUGCGUAACUUUUCUACCAAAAGACAUGCUCGGAUUUCUACGAGUAGCACUUUUUCUGAAAGGAAAUCGGUGUGGGGAGGUACUUAAGGGAGAUCAAUUUUCUAAAGAGUUUUCUUAUCGAACGCGAAAAACCGGAAAAUAAAUGGAAGAAUUUACGAAACAUAAUAAAUAUAAACUACGUUUUUUUUUUUUCUGUGGCCAACUUUUCUACCAGAAAUUUUGCUCCAGCUUUUAAUAAUAGCAAUGUUUCUGAAAGAAAAUUUCACUGGGUACUUUAAGUAAGUCAUUAUUCGAUUUUCCCAACAGUUAUUUUCAGGAAAUUUAAAAAACUGGGAUAAAACAUGGAAAAACCGGGAAAAACGUUGGAAAUCUGGGAAAAUCGGUACAAUUUUAAACAAAUAUUAUUAAAGAAAAUAUAAAAAGUCUAUUUAAUUAUUUUAUUAUAAAAUUACAUAUAAAUAGUUUCUCGUUUCUUCCAGGUAUACAUUAAAUUAUCUAUAACAACGGUUGCACCUAUCCCCAUUAUCCUAGAACGCCUUAUUUUUUUUUUUUUUUUGCUAAUAUGCAUAAUAUAAUGAUUUAUUUUGUAUUUUUCAUAAACAGUAGAAAAAUCUUUCAUUUAUGUGAAUCCAUAAGUAAAAUACCUAAAUUUUCAUUUCAUACCAUAAUAUAUUUUAUAUUUUUAAGUACCUCUACAUAUUGACUCAUCAAACAAUUUACAUUUAAGAACUUCUUUCAGUUCUAUUUAUAUAUCUGAAAAAAGUUUAUAAUUUAAAAAAAAAAAAUUAAAUUUUCGUUUUAGCCAUUUUUCAUGUUUUUAUGAAAUACUAUAGGUUAUUUGAAAGGUAUAAAACAAAUUAUUAUAACGCUUAUUUAAGAUUUAUUAGGUUAUAUCAUAGCACAUAUUUCAGUUAUUUUAAUUAGCAUGAAUUAAAAACAAAAAAUAUUAAUUUAAUACGAGUAUAUAUUAUGAAUUCGAAUGUUUUCUAAAAAAAACAAACAUAACCUACUUCACGAUGGGGUGGCCACUGUUAUAGGUUAGAUGUUGGGAAGGUAGAAUAAAGGGGAAUUUAACGUAUAUCUGUAAGCAAAAAUUAAUCCUUGCUAAUGAAAAGUAAUUCUGAAUGGAGUUCGAUUAUAAAUAUUUAAAAGUCCGUUAUAUUUAUGAUUUUCGUCAAAAUUUGAUAUUAAAAUUCUAAUAAAAAAAAAAAUAUUACAUUAAAUUCAUCUCUUUCUUGUUGACCACUAAGUACAACUUAUAAUGAACCUCAUUUUAAAUUUUCAAGCAUUUUUUGUUUGGUCUUACAAUUUUAUUCACAGAUUUAUAUACAAAAUUAAAAUUUCUAAUAAAAAUUGUCUUUUUAAAAUCUAUUAUUGUAUGUAUUCAAUACAUGUUUGUUAUUUGUUACACACGAGUAUAUUUUAUUAUUUUGUACACAAUAAUAAUAUUUACAGUGUUAUGAUAGUUGCAACAACAACUAUCACAAAUACAGCGUCCACAAAUUAAUAUAGUGGUAAAUUUCGAUAGACGUCAUGUCCGUGUAAGUAAGGCAACACUUAAAAUUAAUAAUCGUGAUAUUUCCCAAUGAGUGCAAAAAAUGUAAACGAAAACGAAAAUAUUUUUAAAAAAAACUAAUCGUUUUUUUUUUUAUUUCCAAAAACAGUUUAAAAAGUUGUAUAAAGUAUAUAUUUAUUUAAUCGUAAAAAAAUAUUGUGGUAAAUUUUUUUUUAAAUUUUCCUAAAAUGAUUUUUUUUUUUAAUUUUUUGAAAAAUGCGUUAUUCUCAAAUUUAGUGAAUUUUCAUAUAAAAACUGAAAUUUAAAUAGGACUAUUACUAUUUUAAAAUGAUAAGACUUGUAAUAUACUUUUUGAAAAUGUUUGAAAUAAUAUUAUGGUAAAUUGAAUAUAUAAUAACGCUUUAGUUCCUUUGCUAAAAUUUUCGAUUUAACUUCAAAACAUUUCAUAUUAUAUAUUAUAUCGCAGUUGUUAUUUUAGUGGCAUGUUUAAAAUGUAAAAGUAUAGUAAAUACCAUUCAAAUUUUGGACAAGAAAUAUGAAAUAAAGUUCAUUAUAUAGUAAAACUUUAUUUCAUAAUAUAUUAUAACUAAAGGUAAUCAUUAAAUUAAUCAUUCGUUGAAUGAUUAAUUUAUUCUUAACAUUACAAGUCACUAUAUUAAUGUUAAAUGGGUAUUGGACACCUAGGUAUUCUUUUGGAUAUUGUACUGAUUUAAAACAUUCCAUUCCAAUUUAAUUAUAGAUUACUUAUUUUAAUAAUAUUAUCCGACAAUAUUUAUUAUAUGAGCACAUCGUUUUAACAAAAUAAUUGUUUAUUAAAUAUUAAUCAAUUUACUGACAUUAAAUAAAUAGAAACUAACCAUAAUAAUAAUAUAGUAAUAUAUUAUAUUGUUAAACAUUGUAACAUAUUAGCUACCGUGAAUCAUAAGUCAUUCUUGCGUAUUAUUCGUAGACGCAAUUUACGUACACUGUCAUAAACGCAUAAAUUAUGGAUGUAUUUUAAUAAGAUUUAAAUAAUGUUCAAUUAAAAUGUCGACUUGCGUUCAUAUUGUCUUUAGAUUGAUAAUUACAGCGUCAUAAUGCACAAUAAAUUGAAUUGGGUGUUAUAUUUUAUACGCGUGUUAUUGUUUCAAAAUAGCAAAUUUCAAAUAAUUUUACAGGUAUACUAGUACCUAUGACCUAUAUCGUACAAAAAUCUAUAAACAAAUAUAUUUUAACCUGUCAGCUACCUAUCAUAAUAAAAUCUUAAUUUUAAGAAUAUUAAAAUGUAUAUUUAUUAUUAUUCAACAUAUCUGUUCUUUUUUUUAGAUUUUGAACGCAAAUUUUCAAAAAUAAUAAUAUUAUUAUUAUUAUUAUUAAUAUACAUUGAUUUUUUUUUUUUUUUUUUUUUUUUUUUUAAACAAAGAAACUAAUUUACUUGCGACCAAACAAUUAUAUUUUAACUAAAAAUUACCAAGUAUCAUUAAACGUGUGUGAAAUUUAUGAACAAAAUGUCUAUAUCUCUGCAAAGAAGUUGUGAUGAAUAUGUACAGUUAAAAAUAUUGCAUAUAUGUAUAUAGAUACCAGUUUCAAUUUUUGUCUAUAUAUUUUUUGUUUAUACUCAUUACUAUAAACUAUGUUGCAUAUGAUAUACAAAAAGGAAAAAAAAUUCAACAGUCAGCAAGAAGUUUGAUUUAAAUGUAUUAAUUUCCUGCCCUCCCUCACCAGAUUUUUGUAAUUUAAAAGUUUUCUUUAUCUAAUCGUUAGUAUUCCGUGAGACUUGGAUAAUAAAAAAAAAUAAAUAAAUAGUUUUUUUUUAAAUUAAUAAAUUUAGUUGUAAGGGGAGGAAUCGGAUAAAUGGCCAAAAUCGCCAGUUAGCACAAUUUUGACAUUUUUCUUGGCCUAAUCGUUAAUAUUAAAUUUGAAAAGUGAGGAAUCCGGAGAAAUGUACAUUUGAUCCAAUUGCUUGCAAAAUAAAUACCACUCGAUGCCUAUUGUUUUUUAAUGUUUCCGAAUCGGGUUACGUUUCAUUAUAAAUUUACCAUUUUCCCAUCUAAGCGGAUUUGAAUAGGCAUAGUUACAUUUACAUAUUAUCUAUUUACCUACACGUUAUCGACGUUUGAAGUAGAUACUGAAACACUAUUAUACUACAAGAGCCGUGUAAGUACUUGCAAUUUCCGAAGUAAUAAAAAAUAUUUAAACUGUUCAACGUGAUUCACGUUUGUUCCACUUCCCACAGCAGUCAGCCCUGUGCCCAAAAAGGGUAUAUUUAUAUAAUGUUCUUAUAAAUUAACUUUACUAUAUUAAUGCAAUUUUGUUGUACCUAUGUAAAGAAAAUAUAUAUUUUAAAGUAAGUCGAGUAAAAUUGUUAUUGGUAUUUUUAUUGAAUAAAUUAUUUGCUCAAUUUGUUUUAUUAUUAUUUUAUUCAACUAUCUGAUUUUUUUCGUAUCUGUAUAGUGUCCCAACGUCAAAAUUUUCAUAAAUUAUUAAUAAUCAUUUUAUUAUUUCUUCGUUUCGUUUUUGUGGCUUUUUUUCACAAAGCAUGUAAUAACAAACACGUGGAAAAUUACAUUUCUACUGUUACAGCGGAAAUUGAAUUGAAAUAUCCGUCUCCCAUCGAAAUGUUUCAGAUAAAAUAUUACUAAACAAUUUUUUUGAUUUAUGAAUACUCAUUUAUACAUAGUUUAUGUAUAUAUUAUAUCGAACGAAAAACGUGCAAAGAAACAAUAAUUAAAUGUUCUCCGUGGACCGAUAAAGGUGGAGAAAAAAAAUACAAACUAAUAAUAAAUACGGUCACACGGAAUGUGGACUUAUUAGGAGUUUUAUUUUUUUUCACCACUCGAAAUUUACAUAAUAUUAUAUUUCCGUCAUACAUCGAAUACCAAAUAAAGGAUUCGUUUUUCACGAGUAUAAAGAUCAAUUUAUUAAGAUCACAAAAUCCAUAAACCGUAGUUGAUUGUAGUUGAACACGCAGCCAAGGUCAACCGUUAUAAUUUCGAUUCUAAGCGUAGCAGGCCAGCGAGGAAUUAUGUAUUGGUUUUAAAACCUAUGAUGUGUUUUUUUUCUGUCUGUGAACAAUUAUUUUUCAAAACACAUGAGCAGCUCCGUCAAUAAAGUUGAAUUUUUUCCCAGCUAACUUGUUUCCCUUAAAUAUUUCAUACUUGAUUUUAUAACGAUAAGGAAUUUAACAAACAAAUUUUAUCAAAAUAGAUAAAGAAGUUCUCGAGAUUUUAGCUAACACACCAAUAGACAGUGAGGACGGGGGUAUAAAAUUUAAACCAUCUAUAGGCACAUCCUUGAUAAAACUUAUAUUUAGAUAUAGUAUAUACACAUUUUAACUUAGUUAAUAAUUUACAUAAGUCUGUAAGGGUAUUUAAAACCCCUAAUUUCCCAUGAACACAUAAAAAUGGUUGAAGGGAAGGGAUACAUCACACUAUAGGUUACUUAUACCAUGCAUAUAUAAAAUUUCAUAACCUAGCUUUAUUUGGAGGUUUUGUUAGAGUGUACGAGUACAUAGCUUAAAACGCCCUCCUUCUAAAUUAACGUGGUGAAGUUCAAAUUAAAAUUCAACCCAAAUUGUAUCACUUCUAUCUGACUAUAAACGAACUCUAAUUCGUGAGUUUGAGCACAUUUGAUUCAGAAAGAGCAGCUAUAAGAAAACAUUUAAAUCAGCCUCGGGUUCUAUAGCACCGUUAUAAAUUGGCUGUCUUCAAUUAUGAAGGAUCAAUUUACUAUAAAAAAAAAAGAUGAGAAGUUGGAAAGGUAGAGGGAAAUUUAUAAUGUAUAUCAAAAUCUCGUACAUUUACAAUUACUUAGGCAUUGAAAUGAGCCAUAACCUCAAUUGGCAUGACCACAUUAAAUAGACUACGAUAAAACUAAGAAAAAUAAUCUAUGCUUUCAACAAUUUACAUAAUUUACUUGAAAUUAAAUAAAUUAAAAUUAUAUAUAAAGCUCUAAUAGAAUGCAUUAUUAACUAUGGUAUUACUCUUUGGGAAGGUGCCUACAAUACAACAAUAAAUCCAUUAAAAAUAAUACAAAAUAGAAUAAUAAAAAUUAUUUUAAAAAAGAACCAUUUGUAUCACGCAGAAUAUCUGUCCAAAGAAUUAAAUGUUCUAACAUUAAAAAAUUGUUCUAUAAGGCAUUAGUAAUUUAUAUAAUUAAAAAUAACCUUACACCUAAUAUUGAUCAUAAAUAUAAAACAAGACAAUUAUCAAACAUUACUGUUUCCUUAAUGCACAGAAAACUAACUUGAUCUACUUAUAAAUAGGUCCAAAAAUAUAUAAUAUUCUACCAUUAAACUUAAAAACAAUUCUAUCGUUUAAUACUUAAAAAAAAAAUAAUAAUAACUAACUAGCUGCGAAAUGAACCAAAUUUAAAAUUUCAAUUUUUGUAUAUCUUUAAUUUAGUUGCUUGCAUUUGUAUUUUAUCAAAUUACACAUUAAGUAUAUUUUGUACUUAACAGUACAUUAUUGUAAAUAACUGUAUACAUUAAGUCUCCAUUUAUUAAAUAUUGUUACCGACAUUGUAUAUAUUUAAGUUAGUUUCAUAAGUCUAAAAUUGUAAAAAAAAGUUAAAUUUAAAUUAUUAUUUUAAUGUAAUAUUUUCCUUAUUAUCAAUUAUGAACUCAUGGGCCCUCACACGAACUUGUUCAGUGGGGCCCAUUAUCUGUUCGAAGAAAUAAACAAUAAUAAUAAUAUCUGUCCGCAACGAUUAAUUAUUUUCUACGUAAAAACAAUUCUGAGCGGAGAUCGGUUAAAAGUGUUACUUUGUCAAUAAUAUAUAUGUCUUAUUAUGGUAAAAUAAUAUAAUAAUGCAUAUGUAAUUGCAUAUGCAUUAUAUAUUUUAUUUAAUACUUUUUGUUUAAUAUUGUAUGUACCUAUUUUCCCGUUUUUUUCUACGUUUUAUCCCAGGUUUUCUCAUUUAUUAUGAAAACAGCUGGGAAAAUCAAAAGAUCUUUUUAAAGUAACAUCCUAGUCAGAAUUCCUUUCAGAAAAGUUCUAUCAAUAUAAAUCGGAGCAAAAUUUCUGGUAGAAAAGUUGUUCACAGAUUUAAAAAAAAAACAUCAUUUUAAAACCAUUAGGUACAUUCCUCGCUCUGCUCAAAACCUAAAAUAUUAAUUUAAAAACAAUUAUUAUCAUACAUUAAAAUUCUCUAUGUAAUCUUCAAGUCUCUAUUGUAAUUUAGAUGAACAAUUUUAUUGGAAGAAAUUGUUGACCCACCCAAACCAUUAAAAUGUUUUUUAAACCAUUUUCAUCAUCAUUCUAAGCAUUUUUUUGUCAGAACUAGUAUACUUAUACAGUUCAAACUUUUAAAUACUAUCUGUGCAACACAAAUUAAGUAUCGGAACUUACUCUAUGUUUACCUAAAUUCAAUGUAAAAGUAGUUUUUUUUUUUGUAAAAUAUAUUGUAGAUAUGGGCUUUAAAAUCAGAACGGAAAUGAAAUAGUUGAACAUGGGCGAAGCUGAGUGUAUUAAUUAGUAUUUAUAUUUAUACUAUUUAUAGACAGGCAUUUUUUUUAGAUGCAUAUAUACUUUAAUACUUAUUUACAAUUUAAAAACAUAUUCACUCUCGGAUUUUACUGUGCGAGUUUCGUUUACGCCAUCGUCCGUACACGGUUCAUAUUCAAAUAGUAAAAUACCUAAUAAAAUUCAUGGCGCUUGAAAAAAAAUGUACAUUCCAUCUGUGAUAGAAAUAUGUGCAAAAUGCUUCGUACUGAAUAUAAAACGUUGCUGUUCUCUUUUUUCUCGUAUAAUAAUAAUAUGUCGUUCUCAUACAUACGCUUUUCGUGUCUCUCAUGAAAAUUGUCAGUUUUCGCCUCUGGAGAAUACUAUGAAAAAAAUUUAGUUUCCCUUUCGCCAUAGAUUAGACAGAUAUAAAAUAUUCCAUGAACGGGUUUUUUUUUUCUGAAGUCCGAAACACUAACAUAAUAAAUUAGUAUUCUUAAAAACUAUACUCAAAAGAAAAUAAUACAAGACGUAUUCGUUUAUCUCGUGAUGAUCAAUAGAAAAAUAUGAACAGCACGGAAAUAAAAUCGAUUUAAUGAUAACACUAGUCCAUAUACCAUUAAUCUAUUUUAUGUAUUAUAUGUAUCGUCAAACUACAGAUAUUCGAUAGCCGGAUUUAGUCACAGAGUGUACGAGAUCCUCGUCGACCUGUUCGUGGUUCCAUUCUAUUCACCACGUUGAACUUAUUUGGUUCAACUCUAAAUUCAUUAUAAAAAACAAACAAAAGAAAUGAUCAAACUGAAUCUUUUAUUUAUUCAAUCUCUAUCGACCUAUGUUCGAACCUUGUUUCAGGUAUUCGUGACGUAACAAAAGUGUAAUUAAUUUUCAACAACAUUUAUCCAAAAAAUAAAUAAGAUGUAUGUGCACCAAAAUGUUCAAAAUACGUGUGUAAUUUCCACCAGAAUUCAAAUCGAUUAAUCUUUUAAUAUAGUAUAGUAUAAAAACAAAUGUAUUUUGGUGUACCUAAAGACCCAAGCUAUCGCUUGCUCGGGCUAUUUUGAUCGCAAAAUACCCCUCAAUUGGUUGAGCAUACUUUUUAACCAACAAUUUUUUUCCAAUUUAAAAUGAUAACACUUUUUCUGAAAGAAAAUCUGAUCGUAAAAUUACUUCAGGAAGAUAGUCUUUCGAUUUUCCCAAGAGUUUUCCCAACAAAUGUGAAAAACCGGGAAAAACAUGGGAAAGCUGGGAAAAACAGACAAAUCGGAAAAAUACUAAACAAAUGUUAUAAAAAUAAAAAAUAUAUAAUGCCUAUUUAAUAAUUUUAUUAUAAAAUGUUACAAAUAUUAUUGACAAAACACCACUAUCAAUUGAACAUCGCUCAGAAUCAUUUUUUCGUAAGCAAUAGUUUAUCGUUGCUUACAGAUCUACAUUAAAUUACCUAUAACAAUAGCUGCACCCAUCUCCAUUAUUCUAGGACAUCUUUUUUUAUAAUAAGAACAUGAUAUUUUUUUACUUUUAGGUGUUUUAAUUAAUACAGCUCGUUUAGGGAAGAUUGUACAAAUUAUCGAGUUUCCUAUUAAGUCAAAGUUUGUUUAGUACUUCCACAAAUCAAACAAUAGUAGCCGAGUGAAAUUAUUAUGUCACAAUUUGAAAUUUGUUUUAUUAAUAAUGUAUCAAGUACAAUAAAAUAAUUUGAACUGUUCCUAUAUUUUAAAAUAAAUGAACUAAUAUAUUUAUUAAUUUAUCGAAUUAAUUAAGCUUUUAAAAUAUUUUCUUUUGAUUAUAUAAAAAGUUUACACUUCUACUAAUUCUCACAGUUACUGCUUCUUUAAUGAAGAAAAGACAAUUUAAUGCAAAGACAUUACCUGUCAUUGAAUAAAUUUUCAUUUGAAAUAUUUUUCUAUAAUUUUUUUUUAUCUUUAAAUUAAUUUAACUUUGAAGUACUUUCAUUGAUUGUAAAUAAAUCUUUAGGUAACUCAUUUCAACAUCUACAUCAUCACAAAAAACCGAUUUCUCGCAACUUCAGUAGAAGUUAAUUCAUAUGACAAAUAAUUUAUUUAUCUAAAAUGUAUAUAAAUAGGAUUAAAAAUUAAUACAUUAACAAUAUACUUUCAUUAAAAAAAAAUAUAUAUCAACACAAUCGACAACAAUAUUGCCUUCAAAUGUCAACCUCUUUUAGAAUAAGAAUAAAUUUAGUACUUUAUUUUUAAUAUUAAUAUUUUUUUCCUUUGGUAAUUCCUAUAAAUUGAUUUAAUUUUGAAGUACUUUGUUAGAUUAUAAAUACAUAAUUAACUCAAUAUAAAAAUAAAUAAAAGAUUCAUUAAUUGUAGAAAAUGUUUAUUGACAAUAUUGGAAUAAUAAUUUAUUUGACUACAAUUGAUAAGAAUAAGUUCAAAAAUGUAUGCCCGUAAUAAAAUGUACCUAAAAUUGUUCAUGUAGAUUAUCAUUAAAUUGAAAUCAUUUCUCGGUAAUGUAUAAAUGUGUUCUUAAAUGAGGAGCCUAAAUAAUAAAUAUAUUACAAGUUGUACAAGUAAACUGUUAUUGGACUCAACCUCUUUAAAUAUAUUUAUAAAGAAAUAAAUACCUAUAUGCUAUUCGAAUUAAAAUAAAUAAGUAGAUAAAAUCUAAAACUAAAUGAGUUGAUACUUAUUUGCUCACUACACAUUAUAACAUUUCCAAAUUAACUAAGAAUAUCUAUGUUUCUUAUUAAAUCAUUCUCGAAAUGUUUUUUGCAUAAGACUUCGAUAAUGUUUAAAUUUAUUAAACCUAUAAUGUCUUACUUAAUUUCUCUAAUAACCUUUUGUCUUAUAGUACUCUAAAAAAAUACCUAAAGCUUUUUAAAUAUAUUUCAAUAAAAGUGACAAAUAUUAUUAAUAUAAAUAAAAAAAUAAAUAUUUGGCUUUUUCUAACGUUAAAUUAUAUAAAAUUAUCCUCCUUAUCUUCCCUAAAAUAAAUCAAACCGACAGCGCUGCAACGGUGGCAAAGAUUAACGUUUUCGCUUUAUGAAAUGGAACUAUUGUAAUAGAUUAAAGGAUAGGAAAUUGUCAAACUCUUGAUAAUUGAUAAUCUAUUGAAUAAUUUAAUAUUGUAUGAAUUGUACAAUGCAUGUUGGAAAUUUGUUCGCUUUUACGUCUUUAACAUUUUUAUUUUUAUUCCUUUUUCUUUAAAUUGUAAGUGGGUAAAAAAUAAUCUAUCCCAUACCCUAAGUAAAUUAUUCUUUUUAUCAUUUCUACAAUGAAAAAAGAAAAACCGGUACCGUGAACGGAAAAAUAAUUUUUGCAACCAGAAAAAAACCUAUACUAAUAUUUUUCAAGAACCAUCCUAUUCUUGGCAAAAAAAAUUUCUAAUUUAAAUAUUUUUAUUAUUGUUCAAUCACGAGUUAAAAUAUUAUUUAAAAUAAAUUAAAUUGAAUAUUGUUACAUUUUCUAAUUCAUCAACAUUCAUUUAUUUAAUCGUAUAUGAAAAAUAGAUUUGAAAUAUUAAUAGUUUGUAAUUUGUAUAUCAUAUUACGAUUACUAGUAGUGUUGUUGAAAGUAUAAAGUGAAUAAGUAAUAAGUAAGAGAUAAAAAAAACCACAACUCAAAUAUACGAAUUAGUUCAUACACCUAUUUUUAACAAAUUCCUAUCGAAUAUUGUUAUAAUAUAACAAUAAGUUCAUCAAACUUUAGCAUAAAGUUAAAAAACUAUCAAAACCCAAUUAUAAAUUUAACCGAUUUGAUAUAUAUUUUGUUUCAGGAAAAUUACGCACAAGCUGCAAUAAAGUGUUCUCUGUUGACAUGGCGAUGAGAUGAGAUCCAAUGAUCGGUGGCCGUUACUGUGGAUAUGCACGAUCCUGCGGUUUCAAGUUUACACUUUCGGCCAAUCACAAAGUCAACUCAACCAAACAAAUAAUCCCACGUGCCCGAAUCAACCGGCUGAUCAACCAGCUGAUCAACCAAUUGACCAACAAGCUCAAUCUUGUUCCUGUUACGACCUCGAAGCUGGAAUUUUUUUCGAAUGUCCUGGAGCCACUGGAAAGGCCGUGCACAACGCACUAUUCUCGGUAGCCGGAGGACAAAUACAGUUGCUAAGCAUUUACGAUCUGGAACCUGCCGUUACUUCUCUGUCAGCCGACAUAUUUCCCCCUAACACUAAACUCCGUCAACUCCAAAUAUCCCAAUCGAAUUUGUCGCUGAUCACUGAAAAUGGGCUGAACAACAUUAACAGCUUAGAAGCAUUCACCAUAUUGUCCGGAAAACUAAAAGAAAUACCACAAAAAGCUUUUUCCACGCUGACGCUGUUAAAGACAAUUGAGAUCGAAUCUAACGAGAUCAGUGAGCUGAGUAGUUACGCAUUCUCCGGAUUACAAUUGAUCAAGGUGAACCUUAAAGGAAACGCGAUACACAAAAUAUCAGAAUUUGCAUUCACAGGGCUCGAGACUAGUCUCACUGAACUAGAUCUCUCCGACAACAAGAUAAAAACAUUUCCGACGUCAGCCGUCAGGAGGUUGGAACGCCUCAUGUCGUUGAGAAUCGCUUGGAACGAAAUAUCAUCGAUCCACGAUGACCGUUAUUCGUUCAUGAAAAGUCUGGUGCAACUUGACUUGAGCUCUAAUAAUUUUGAAUCAGUUCCUGAAGAUGCAUUCCGUUUAUUCCCUAAGCUCAAACUCUUAUCUCUUUAUUACAACUCAGUAGAAAGUAUACAUAAACGUGGUUUCAGCACUCUGACUGAACUUGAAUCAAUCGACAUAAGUCAUAAUAAAAUAGUUUUCAUGGAUUGUAAUACGUUCAAAUACAAUGUGUACCUACGGACGAUAGACUUGAGUCAUAAUCACAUUCAUUAUAUCAGCGGAAUGUUUGCGAAUCUCCCCCAUCUCAGAGAAUUAUUUCUUUCUGAAAAUAAUAUAUUGGAGAUCUCUAGUGACUCGUUUACAAAUUCUUCAAACGUAUCAGUAUUGUAUAUUCAACAAAACGCUAUCAGAGUUAUUGAAUCCGGUGCUUUUUUCAGCUUGCCUGGAUUAAUGCAGCUUUAUUUGAGCGAUAAUUAUAUCGAAACAAUCGAUAACAGUUUAUUUAUUAACUGCAAUAAACUCGUUUCAUUGAGCUUGGAUAAUAAUCAAAUCAACUACAUCGAAAACGGUGCAUUUAGAAAUAAUACUCGACUUAAAGAGCUCCGAUUGCAAAACAACAAAUUGUCAAAAAUAUUUAGAAUGCAAUUUGAAACAUUACCGGAUCUAUUGGAAUUGCAUUUGCAAAACAAUGCGAUAACAGAAGUAGAGUCCGGUGCAUUUCAAACACUUAAGAGUCUUCAACACAUAAAUCUUCAAAGUAAUGAACUCACUCAUUUAGACGACGUCUUCCUGCACAUCAAUUCGUCGUUAGUGUCUAUACAAAUAGAUUCGAACGUGUUAGCGAGUUUACAUAAUAAGUCACUUCAGGGUCAAUCAAAUCUGAAAAUAAUGUGGCUUAGUCACAACAAAUUAGCCAAAUUGGACAAAUCGUUGUUUACCGAUUUGUGUCAAGUGCAAAGAAUUUACUUGAACAAUAAUUCGAUCGAACACAUUGAGUUAGGAACAUUCGAAUCUAUGCAAACAUUAAUAUUUCUAGAUCUCAGUUCCAAUCUAUUGCAUGAAAUUACUUCGAAAACAUUCGCUGAACUCCGAGGUCUCGAGGAACUGCAUCUCACUGACAACCAGAUAUCACGAAUAGACCCAAAUUCAUUUGCAGCGUUAAAACAGUUGUCCGUUUUGGACCUAUCUAAUAACCCACUCACAAAGUUGCACAUGUACAUGUUCCAAAAAGACUUACCCAUUAAAAAUCUAUACUUGAACAAUUGCUCGUUAAAAAAUAUUCAAAAUGGAACGUUUUCCAAUUUAAACGUCCUUAAUGAACUAUAUUUGAAAGACAAUAAUUUAUCCGCCGACGCGUUACUACAAGUGGACGUCCCCACUCUGACUACCCUUGACGUAUCAUAUAACAAUUUGGAUGGUCUUAAUUCAACUGUAUUAAAAUACCUACCGAAUAUCAAACGCGUAUAUUUGGACCAUUGUAACAUAGGAUACAUAUCGACAACAACGUUCAAGUUUAACCUCGAAGUAUCUUGGAUGUCUUUGUCUAACAAUAGUUUAACGAACCUACCUGUCGAUUUAUUUAAAGGCCAUACCCAUUUGAGUACGUUGAUCUUGGACGGAAAUGAAUUCCACACCAUGCCUUACUCGAUGUUGGCAAACUGUGAGAGUCUACAAAAACUUUCGUUGGCCAAAAACAGGUUGACUGAAUUGGAUAUGACAAAACUGAUGGGUAUGAAAAGUAUUCAGAGUCUCAUAGUCUCCGAAAAUCGAAUCCAAAUACUCCCCGAAUUUUCCCCUUCACUCUUUAAUCUUUUGGCUGAAUUGAACUUAGCGAACAACUUACUGUCGUCACUGCCUUUGAACUUUUUUCAGUCACUAAAACGUUUAGAUCUGUCCAAUAAUAAAUUCAGAAAAGUGCCGUCAUUGAUUAAGAGUCUUCAGUUUUUAAAUCUGAAUUACAACCCAUUAGGUCAAAUCCGUGAAACAGUGAAGUCUGUGACAAUUGAGCAUAUUAACUUGGAAGAACUACGCGUCUGUGAAACGAAUUUAUCAGUACUUGCCAGUAAUGAUUUUCUACCAUUCACCAAUUUAUGUCGAUUGUACAUGUCCAAUAACAAAAUUUCAAAAAUAUCACCAGGCACAUUUAGUGUACUCGAAGACUUGCACACACUUGACUUAAGCCAUAACCGUUUAGAACUGCUUCCCCAGGAACGACUACAGGGACUAGUUAGUCUAAGGCUGUUAAACUUGUCACAUAAUUCUAUAGGAGAACUCGAAGACUUUUCUUCGGACUUGAUUUCGUUACAAGUACUUGACAUAUCGUAUAACCAACUUAAGAAGAUAAGCAAAGGUUUAUUUCGAAACCUAGAAAGUUUGUCCGAACUACAUUUAUACGGCAAUUGGAUAUUGUUUGUGUCUCCGGAUGCUUUUAGAUCGCUUAAAAAACUCAAGAUAUUAGAUUUAGGAAAAAAUAAAUUUAAAAACUUGCCUUUGAAUGCUUUAAGACCACUUGAAACUCAAAUGAGAAGUUUACGGACAGAUGGUCAGUGAAAUCAAAAAUAAUUAACUAGCUAUUUUUAUAUCCAUAAACGUCUAAUGUGAAUUUAUUACUUUUAGAAAAUCCAAUUAACUGUAGCUGCGAUCAACAAGAACUAUGGGAAUGGAUGAGAGACCACCAAAAACUAACAUCCGAUCUCAGUCCAGUCGGUUUAAUCUGUCAACACCCCCCAGAACUCCAGGGUCAGAGGUUCAUGGAACUGGAACCUCCCGCGUUUUGUGCUAUGCCCGUUGUACUCAAAUUGGCCAUUCAAGAUAUUCAACCGUAUUCCAUAUUUGUGUCUUGGAAAGGUCGUAAUCACACGGGCCUACACGGUUACAAAGUAGCGUAUAAUCCGAUCGAAGAUCCCGAUUAUCCAGCGGCAGCAAUCUCAUCAGUCGCGAUGACACCAAAUGUGAGUUAUAUAGUAUUUGUAUUAUAUACGACAUUUAGAGCAGUGUUUCUUAACCUAGAGGUCACCAACCAAUUAUUUAGGGUCACCGAAAUAUGAGUUAAAUCAUUAAUUGUAUAAUAUAUUAUAAAACCCAUGGUUAAAUCGAUACAACAUAAAUCUUAAUAAUAAAUCCCAGUAACAACAACAAAGAAUAAUUAUUAAUAUUCAAAUAAAUUAAAAAGUUAAUUGGUUUUGAAGAUGUUCAAAAAGUUUAGAAUUUAUAAAAAAAAAAAAUAUUGUCCACAGAAAAGAGUUAGACCGAAGGAUCUAAAGAAGUUUUCUCAAUAAUUUCAGCUAUAUUUUCUUCAUAUUACACUGUAUGGUUACUUCCCAGGACACAUUGUAUAAAAUAUGUAUUUAUAGGUCCCUGAUAUUUAUUUGGGAGGUUGCCACAGUAAAAAGGUUAACAAAUACUGGUGUAGAGGUCAUAUUUGUCAAAAUCAAAGAGUCGAGUGUGCCUGAAAUAUGAGUAGGUAUAUCUAGUAAACAUACAUAUAUAUUAUAAUGAAUUCAUAAAGAACUAAAAAAUGAAAAACAAGCCCUAGCCAGUUAAUUUUUUAGAAAGUUAUACCCAAUAAUAAAUUGACCAUAGUGUGGAAGAUUGUAUCUAAUCAUUACUGGUUGUAUAUUUUGUAGGGCCUAAGUCAUUUAUUUCUCGUGGAUAGAACCCCAAAAUUAAAUUUGUUUUGUUUUUAAAAUGAAUAGUCGACAGUGUUCUAUUAUUAAGUUCCCAUUGAUAGACUUUGGUUCUUCCACCAGUACAAUAUGUAGGCCUGUGACAGACGAACAUCUUCACACAAGUCCAUUUGCGGUUUUUUUUUCAGACUAUCAACAAAUUCUUAGAUAAAGACACGCAAGCCGUGCGUUUGGAGGACUUGACACCGGAGACGCGGUAUUUAGUGUGCGUGGUGGGCCUCGGUAAUUCGAUGGCGCCGAACGGAUCACCGCACCUAUUAGCAGACACUCAGAGCAGCCGCUGCACAGAAGUUAAGACGUUGGAGGGUGAGAUGGCCUUCUAUCCGGAUGAACGGCUCGGAAGCUCAUUGCUAACUAGGCGAUUAGGAUUGAUAAUCGGCUGUUGUCUGGGCUGUGUCGUGUUCGUAGUGCUCGUCACUGUGCUCGGCUAUUUGAAAAUUAAGAAACAGAGGGAAGACACAAAACGGGAACAGCCGUUGCCUCCCGAAUACCUAUCGUACAGACAUUUCUCCCUGCUCGCGACCGACCCGAUGAUAGUCGCGGCUCCCGUCCCGUGUCAGUCUACCGGCCUCAUCACCAGUGUACAUUAA